UGUAGAAAUAAGGCGGUCACUUUGGAAGGUCCCAGUCAUGUGCACACAGAUCACUAUCGGACACCGCACACAGUAGUCUACACUACAGUGGGGAAAUCCAGCUACCAUGUCUACACUGCAGAGUGAACCGAAUCAUUCCAUUUCCAAUCGUGACCUUGAAUUCAUUUUACUUUGGCCAUUUCGACUUUUAGGCAUUUCUCUUACCAAUGUUUUCUGCUUUUACUCUGAAAUUUGGGAAUUUUCAUCGACAAACCACUGGGCGAUCUGCCCUGCUUGGCCGUCCUCUUCUUGUGCAUAGCUGAUAGUCCGGACAUGAGCGGACCAGUGCAGGGAGGCGCUGCAACCUGCUGAAAGGGUGGACGCUAGCAAUGAAGCUGACAGCGGCCAAGAUUUCCUGGAAUCCACGACCAGCGCGACUUCUAGCUCUCUGUCUGCUCGUCUGCCUAGUGUUGCCUUGGUGCAGUCAUGGCCAGGGCUUGUUCCCAGCCGCAGACCUUUUCGCGAGCUUCUCCACCAAUACCCCAGUGCAGGCAAGCUCCACGUGUGGUUCCAAUGGCUUAGUCACCUACCGCCAGCAGCCCAGGGGUGAUUUCAGUUGUUCUGCAGCGAGCAGCGCCGCCAGGUGCCAGUCGGAAUGUAGCUAUGGAAGUGCUGCACCGGUGUACACGGAUGUGUUGGCUGGACCGGGCUCGUCAUUACACGGGGUUGUCGCAAAUACAUCCAAUGCCAGCACAACGGUGUGGCAAUUCCGUGACAGUCCGGCUGAUACAUAUGUGCAAACAACAGAGCGGCCGUCAUCAACGGGCAUCAAUGUGAAUGGCUUGACAAUAGCCUGCUGGCUAAAACAGAAUGCAGACAAUACUGGGUACAUUGUUGCCAAGACCUCGGCCACCGGUCUGACUGCCUUCUACGCGAUUCAGAGCGAUGCGGCACGGUCUGAGCUGACGUUCAAGUACCGCGAGGUCGGCAGGCCGAUCGGGUCCACGGAUAUCAUCGUGUCCGGUGUUGCGUUUCUGCCGGAUGUUUGGUACCACUUGGCAGUCGUUGUCCAUGCAACGGACAUGGUCUUGUAUGUAAACGGAGCACGGCGCAGUCGGCAUACUCUGCCAAAGUACAUGGGUGACAUCGAUCGUCCCGGUGAUCACCUGUUUGCUGGUGCAAGAUACAUGAUACCGAUUUCAGCAGCCCUGAGCAACGUCACGCCUGGCUCUGAGUUUAGUGGCGACCUGCAUUCAUUACGUGUAUACCCGCAAGCCUUGAGCAAUGUUGACAUUGAGUUGCUUGCCGGGAUCGACAAUGGUCCUCUACACUUUGCACCGGCAUGCCGCUGCCCACCGUCCCAUUCGGUCAUCCGAUCCUUGCUCUCACAGACCUGUGAAAGCCUGGACGACUCCAGCUCUGUGCGGAGACUGACGGCCGCGUCCAGGGAUGCUGGGUUUCUGAACGACGACAGUGCCAGCACACCGUGGAUAUCUGCGAUCGGCACAAGACAGGCAGACAUCACGAUGAGUCUUGGUGGCGUGAGACAUGUCUUAUACUUUCAGUUAACAUUUACAUCGGCGCGACCUCAGGCCAUGGUUGUGGAGAAGUCCUCGGACAACGGCUUGACAUGGUCACCACUGCAAUACUAUGCCUCCGACUGUGUAGCUAGUUUCAACCUACGUGACAACGGCGUGUUGGCAAGCAGCACGGGCGUUCAGUGCAGCAAUCUGUUCUCGGCUGCAUCAUCCGGUGUGGUGACGUUCAACCUGCUCAACAGUGUGGUCAGGCCCAACUCCACACGGUUUGAUCAGGACACUGGGCUGCAGCUGUUUGCACAAGCGACACACUUGCGUGCACGACUGCUCACUAGUCAUGUGACCUCGACGUGCACGAGUGACCAGUAUUAUGCUGUCAGUGAUUGGGUUGUGACUGGUAAUCCGUGUGUGUGCAAUGGCCAUGCGAGCACCUGUAGCGGAUCGGUGUGCAACUGCCAGCACAACACGGCUGGAUCGUCAUGCCAGCUCUGCCAGCCACUCUACAACAAUCGGCCAUGGCUAGCGGGCACCGUUGCACGGUCUAAUCCGUGCGAGGCGUGCGCCUGCAACAAUCACUCCAGCAGUUGCCAGUACAGCUCGGCACUGGGUCGCGGUGCCUGUGAAUCAUGCCAGCACUUUACAACCGGGACACAGUGCGAGUCCUGCAUCACUAACUACUACCAUCCUAGCUCCACUGAUCUCACCAGCGUCUCUGCAUGUCAGCCAUGCAAUUGCUUUGCUGCCGGUAUAACCAAUGGCGGUGAUUGUCGUCGUGGGGAUCUGGCAUCGGCCGACUCUGGACAGUGCGCCUGCAAAUCCCGCGUCACCGGUCGGCAAUGCGAUACAUGCACCAGUGGAUACUAUAACCUGGCCUUGAGAAAUGCUGACGGCUGUCAAGCUUGUUCGUGUAAUACAGUUGGUACGAUCGCUGGUAACAGUUCGUGUCAAGCGCUCACCGGCCAGUGCUACUGCAAGGCGAAUGUGGAUGGUCUGCAGUGCCAGAGUUGUCUGACGGGAUUCUACGACCUCGCCAAUCCAAGGGGAUGUCAACCGUGUCAUACGCAGUGCUCUUCAGCUGGAUGUUCAGGUGCAGGACCGAGUGCAUGUGUGAGUUGUACGCAUUUCAAGGACAGUGGAGCCUGCGUGGCGAGCUGCCCCGCUGACAAGUAUCCCGACUCCAGCACCGAGUGUGUGGCUUGUGCCGGUACAUGCCUAUCGCUGCUGGCCAGCCCAGCACUACGUACGUUCACGGAGCCAGUAGCAGUCGGCACGGCUGUUGCAAGAGCAGUGGUGACCGACAAGAGAUUGCUGUCACGGGCAUUAGCCUACUCGCUAGGCGGCACGGACAGUGCCGACUUUGCCAUCAACGCGUCGGGGUUUGUGUCGGUGGCGCGCACUCUGGAUCGAGAGUGGGUGGCGGCGUACGACUUGUUGGUUCAUGUGACGGACAACGGCGCAGACUUGUCGAGUGCUCUUCGUGCAAGUGCUACCCUUGCUGUGUCGCUGACUGACAUCAAUGAUAAUGCCCCAGUGCUGACACCACUGUUCUCCCAGUUCACUGUGCCCGAGAAUCAACCAGCAGGACACCGAGUAACCACACUCUCAGCUUCGGAUCUUGACACCGGUUUCAAUGCGUUCUUAGAGUACAGUCUAGUCGCGGGUGAUGAUGGCAAUGACUUUGCAGUGAGCGUGGCCGGAGUAGUGGCAACGCGCAGACCACUGGAUCAUGAGACCACUCCAUCGUACGAUCUCACUGUGAGCGUGUGCAACCCAGUGGUUCCGCGUCUCUGCAGCAAUGGAACAGUGCGCGUACUGGUCGGCGAUGCCAAUGACAAUGCUCCAGUGUUUGAAGCACACAUGAAUCCUGUAAUGGUGGCAGAGUCUGCAAUCGUGGGCUCACAGGUUCUGCAGCUGUCUGCACGGGAUGCCGACGGUCCCGGUGUGAACAGUCAACUGACCUACGUAAUCUCCACCGGCAAUACUGACAAUGUCUUCUCUGUAGACAGGACGUCUGGACUCGUUCGUUUGGCAAAGUUAGUGGACUAUGAGACACGUACUGCAUACAAGCUGGUGCUUCUAGCAAUGGACAGCGGUGUGCCAGUGCAGCUUGGCAACACCACGCUGGAUGUCAACGUUCAAGACGUGAAUGAUAAUUCUCCAGUAUUCCAGCAAACCGUCACCUCGCUGACAGUUGCGGAGUCGACGGCAGCAAACACUGUGAUCAGGACUAUCACCGCCACGGAUGCAGACAGUGGAACGUUUGGUCAACUCACCUACACCCUAAGUGGAUCUGGAUCGGAGAGGUUUCGCGUUUCCUCGCGCGGUGCCGUCAGUCUUGCUAUGACGUUAGACUACGAACAGCGCAUGAAUUACGUGCUGAUCCUGACAGCUAGUGAUGGUGGUAGUCCUCCGAAAACAGCAACAUCUGAGCUACGCAUAGCUGUGACGAAUGUAAACGACCAAGCCCCUGUGCUGAACCAGACCAUGUAUGUAUUAUACAUAGCCGAGGACCAGGUAGUCAACACUGACGUUGGCCUGGUUAUUGCCGACGAUCCCGACAAGCUUCCCUUGACGUAUGCCCUGGCAAGCGCUAGCGUACCCAGUGUGUUUGCUGUGCAGAGUGCGACGGGCAGCAUAGUACUUGCAGCCAGUCUAGACUUUGAGACCACGCAGCGGUACGCACUGAAUGUCAGCGUCAGUGAUGGUGCGUUCAUUGCCUACGCGCAAGUCGUUGUCAAUGUCCUGGACGUGAAUGAUAACAAUCCUGUGCCUGAUCAAGCAAUGUACACACUGAGUGUUCCCGAGAAUACGUCAGUCCCCACCAGUCUGUUGACAGUGUCAUCAACAGAUGCAGAUAGCGGUGUGAACCGAGUGGUACGAUACACUAUUGCAACCAGCUCAGCCGUGGGAGUUUUCACCAUCGACGCCAUCUCAGGAGUGUUGACACUGGCCCAAAGUCUGGACUAUGAGGCUGAAUCCCGCUACACGCUAAACAUCUCCUUAUCUAACUCCCUGGCAGCUGUACAGCGUACUAGUUUUGCCCAAGUUUCCAUCUCAGUGCUUGACAACAACGACAAUGCACCAAUGUUUGUGUCACCACAGGGCGGUUAUCAGGUCUCAAUCAGUGAAAGCAUAUCACCCGGCGCGUCUGUGUUUACUGUGACCGCAGACGAUGCUGAUUCGACUACCAAUGCCGAGCUUCGUUACCAGCUCAACCCCAGUGUGUCUGCUUUCCGCAUUGCUGCUACAUCUGGACUAAUCACCGUUGCACGGUCUCUUGAUCGCGAGACACAGAAAUCUUACACUGUUCCGCUACUUGUGCACGAUCUUGGCAAUCCAGAGCUCUCGGGCAAUUCGACGAUUCUGAUCACGCUACUGGACGUGAAUGACAAUGCGCCUGCAUUCACACAGACCAGCUACAAUGUCACCGUGACUGAGAAUACACCGGCCGGUAUAGUGAGUGGUCUCGACGUCUUCGCUCAUGACCCGGAUGCCGGCUCCAACGGCACGGUGUCCUUCGCUUUGCUGGAUAACCUUGGCGUGUUCAGCAUUGAGCCCUUGCUGGGUAAUCUCUCAACUCUAGCCCCGCUGGACAGGGAGUCCAGGCCGUCUUACAUUCUAACCGUUCAAGCCAAGGACGGUGGGCGGCCAGCUAUGUCAUCAACGGUCACCGUGUUUGUGCAGGUAGGAGAUGUGAAUGACAAUGCACCGCAGCUAGCUUCUCCCAGCACCAGUGUAACAUUCACUGAGGCCGGAGCGGCAGUUCACCUUGCCCCGCAGCUGACAGUCACCGAAUUGGAUCUGGUUGAUAUAGUAUCGGCCACAGUUACGGUUCAACUUGCCUCAACAAACACACUGACACCGUAUCAAGAUCAACUGUCUGUCGCCACUAGUCUAGUAACCAGGCUGAGUGUUGCCCUACAGAAUUCAAGCCGCGUCAUGGUGAUAUCCGGUGCAGGUUCUGCUGCCCAGUAUGGUGCAGUACUUCGAUCCGUUCUGUUCAGGAAUGUCGAGAAUGAACCAACGGCAGACACACGGCAAGUCAUCAUGCAAGUGAAUGAUGGACUAGCAAGUGUGCCGCUUGUGAUCCGUGUCAACAUUAAUCUUAUCAAUGACAAUCCACCUAGAGUGUCCCUAUCAGCAGCGAGUCCGGCGUUUGCCAGUGUCAGCUUCACAGAGGGCACCGGUAGCAUACCUGUGCUGGCAGCUACUGCACUGUCACUCUCUGAUCCCGACUCGGGAGCUGUGAACCUGGCAUCGGUGUAUGUAUCACUGAUUGGCAUGCGCGAUGGCAUUGAGGAGAACAUCACGGCGAGCAUGGCUAAUGGUUUGGUCAUAUCCUCGUCUGCCGAUUCCCUGGUACUGACUGGACCUGCCAGUUUUGCAGUGUUUACAACAGCCCUGCUCUCGCUGACUUACUUCAACUCAGCCGAAGAGCCCAACCCCGCAACUCGCUCGGUUGUAAUAGUAGCAAACGACGGGCUUCACAACAGCACGGCAGUCACUGUACGUAUCAACAUAGAUCUUGUCGACGAUGCUCCCAAUCUGCAGCUAACUCUGAAUGGGGACAUUGCGCUGCGCUAUCGCGAAGGAAGUGGUCCUGUCCAGCUCUCGGAUUCUGGCUUCCAGCUAGCGGAUAACGAUAACACAUCUCUAAGUAGUGCCACUGUGACCAUGACUGGUGGUGUGGACGGCAGUCAGGAACUCCUUACCUACACUGUCGGCAGUGGCUUGAUAAGAGCUACACCCAGUGUGUCUGCUGUUAUGUUUACAGGUGUGGACACCAUAUCUAGUUACAGUCAACUGCUGAAAUCUCUAUACUACACGCACACGGGUAGCAAUCCGACCGACGGUCAGCGCAUUGUUACAUUCUCCGUGUCCGAUGGUGUCAAGUCCAGCAACGCCGUGCAAGCAUUCGUGACCAUCAGCGCAGUGAACGAUCCACCGCUGGUUGAUCUGAAUGGGCGUGCGACUGGCAGUGAUGUCACGGCAAGCUUCACAGAGGGUGAUGCAGCGCUGCCGGUAUGUACACAAGCACGGGUACUGGAUGCCGACAACACCCAUCUGGUCUCGGCACACAUCAUUCUCACGAAUCCACUCGAUGCAAGCAGCGAGUCUCUAUCAGCACAGGCUCCAUCCUCGUCCAUCAUUGUCACGCAAGUGUCCGCAGCUGAACUGCACGCCGUGGGAUCAGCAACAUUGAGUGACUAUGCCAUGCUCAUCCAGUCUUUGCUCUACAUUAACACGGCACAAGCUCCCACAGAGACUCAACGAGUCAUCACCGUCACGGUCAACGAUUCCAUUUCCACCAGCAUCACACGCUCUGUGCGUAUUGCAAUCAUUGGUGUUGACGAUGCACCGGUUCUUGUGACAUCAUCCCGGCAGCCACUACCUGUGACCUACACUGAACAAUCCAGUGCUGUGUUGGUUGUCGUACCUGGCCAAGUCAGGGUCAGUGAUGUUGACAACAUGACUUUAGCAGCAUGUACUGUGACAGUAUCACCUGUUCCCGAUGGCAGCUCCGAGCAGCUACAGUACAUUCUACCAUCAGGCAUCACACUCGCAAACAUGGUUCAGAAUGGAACGAUGAGCGCCCGCUAUGACUUCUCUGCAUCGCCAAUGCCUCAGUCGGCCAGCACAUUCCAGCAACUCCUCUCGAGUCUGGCCUUCAUCAACACUGCAGUUGAGCCAACGCCGGAGCCAGUCCGCACCGUCCGCAUCCGUGUAUCGGAUGGUCUGCUGGAGAGCAAUGAGCAAAGUGCGCAUGUCAACGUGACUCUGAUCAAUGAUAAUCCGCCUGUGUUUGCCAGGACAAGUUACAGCUUGACGGUGGCUGAGAAUACUGAGAUUGGCUUCACGGUGGAUACUAUAACUGCUACGGAUGCUGAUUCACCAUUGGGCAUGUAUGCAGUCGAUGGCCUCAUCACCUACAGGAAGGUCAGCGGAGACUUUGCCAGCUUGUUUGCUAUCAAUCAAAGCACAGGUGCUAUUGUGGUAGCUGCUCCUCUCGACUUUGAGAUCAUAUUCUUCCAGCCGUCGUUCACUAUACAAGCCACCAACAGUCUCGCAUCACCUGCUCUGAGUUCACCUGUUGUGACUGUAACAGUAAGUAUCACGGAUGUCAAUGACAAUGCUCCCGUCAUAACAUCACCAUCUGUCAUCAACGUCACAGAGAACGUCGCUCUGAGAACCGUCCUGGGGUUUGCACGAGCCACGGACCGUGACAGCGGUGUCAACGCUGAUGUGCGCUACUACAUUGUCUCAUCACAUGUUCCUCCCGCACCGUUUGCCCUUGGCUCAAGAUCUGGCACCCUGGUAAGUACUGCCAGUGUGGAUAGAGAGCAGCAGUCCCAAUAUCUGCUCACGAUUGACGUACAGGAUCGUGGCACUCCUCCCAUGCAGUCAACUCAGAUACUCACCGUCAACAUUCUCGACAUCAACGACAAUGCUCCACGGUUUACUCAAUCAUCCUAUUCCAUUGAUGUGUCGGAGGGUCGUUCUGUUGGUGACACCAUUUUGCAAGUGACGGCAACUGAUGCUGAUUUCGGUGCUAAUGGUACUGUGCAGUAUCGUCUUCAGACACCGAACAACUACCUCUCUCUGAGCACGUCGGGUGUGCUGAACAUCCGCAAUGAACUGGAUCGUGAGACAGCGCCUUCAAUCUCAGUGACAGCGGUUGCGUAUGAUUUGGGCUCUCCCAGUAUGAUGUCAAUGGUCACAAUAUCGUGUACGGUCACUGAUGUCAAUGACAACAGGCCGCAGUUUGCUAACUCAAGCUAUUCAUUCUCUAUUACUGAAGAUAUCAGCGCUGGCAGUGAAGUUGGACGUGCCCUUGCAACUGAUAUUGAUGCUGGCAACAACGGUACCGUGAUCUACUCUGUUAUGUCCGGAAAUACGGCAGGGAGGUUCACGGUGGAUGACAGUGGAGUGGUGACGACCGCGGGUAGAAUUGACCGCGAGGUCGCAAGCCAGUACAAUCUAGUCAUUGAUGCGUCUGACGAGGGUCAGCCACCCAUGUCAAACGUUGUCAAUGUAUCCAUACUGAUCACAGACGUGAAUGACAAUGCACCCGUGUUCUCGCGACCAGCGUAUCAAGUGUCUGUCUAUGAAAACAUAUCGUCGUCGAUGGCACUUGUCCAGCUACUGGCAACUGAUGCUGAUGUGGGCAGUAAUGCAGCCAUAGUGUACUCGGUACUGAGCGUUAGCAGUGGUGGCAGGUUUCAACUCAAUACCACCUCUGGGCAGUUGACUGUUACACCCCCUCUGGAUAGGGAGCAAGUUGAUGCCUAUCACGUUGUGGUGGAGGCGUCCGAUCAAGGGCACCCACAGCAGCGGACGUCCGUCAACGUGACAGUUGAUGUCCUGGACGUCAACGACAACAGUCCACUGUUCUCGCCUAGCCUGUUUACAUUCAACAUUACCGAGAAUAAUGCUGGAGGUGCUGCUAUUGGUACUGUCACAGCUGAUGAUCUGGAUGCCGGUAGCAAUGGACGGGUGAGAUACCGACUUGUUUCAUCAGCUCACUCAUCUCAAUUCGUUCUUGAUCCUGUCUCUGGAGUUCUCAGAGCUAACGUUGCGUUCAACCGGGAAGUUAUUCCUAGUUAUCUGUUGGAUGUUGAGGCUUCUGAUGAGGGCAGUCCCGCGCGUACGUCCCGCACAACUAUCUCAGUGGCAAUCAAUGAUGUGAAUGACAAUCGUCCCGUGUUCACUCAAUCGUCGUACAGUGCAUCUCUACUUGAGAACUCAACAAGUGGCACGCUGGUGACGGUGGCGAUGGCAUCAGAUGCUGACAGUGGUACGAACAGUCAGGUGUCGUACACUAUUCAACCCCCAGGAGCACUCUCCAUCUCCGACUCAGGCGUUGUUGUGUUGAUGACGCGUCUUGACGCGGAAACAGCUAUGAGCCAUGUAUACAGCAUCAUUGCUUCCGAUGGUGGAUCUCCUCAAAACUCGGCCACUGCAACUCUUCGCCUCUCUGUGCUGAACAUCAACGAUAAUCCUCCGGUCAUUUCCCCAACUACCCUGACAGAGUCUUUCACCGAGAACGGAGCUGCUGUGCCGUUUGCUCGAUCGCUAACACUGUCAGACAGUGAUGUAGUUCACCAGCAGUUCACUGCGACUCUCACCCUUCAACGGAGCGGUACUGUUGUGGUGUCUCCGUACACUGGAUUGGAGUGUGGUCACUCUGUUCUGCCAUGGAACAAACUUGCUCAGUGCAAUGUUAACGCUAGUACUGGGAAUGUUCUUUCCAGUGCUCGACUUGUUGCUGGUGCAGCUCUAACUGCUGACUCCGCUACUCUACGGCUUGCCGCCCAGGGACAAUCAGCCAACACAGCGGCAGCCUCUAUACAACUGACUAACUCAUUCACUAUUGGUAUGUGGAUCAAGAUCAGUAGUCAUGUGACUGCGCCACUGUUCUCCCUGUCUGAUGGAGCAAAGCAGUAUUUCUCUCUGCGUAUCGACACGCCAGCAUCCACCAUGACCAUCACAUACCAAACAGCUGGAGGAGCUGGAUCAAGCAGUGACACUACAGUAACAUUCCCUGCCGUUUCAUUGAGAACGAAUCAGUGGCAGCACAUUGCUGUUGUGAUGUCGUACCCGAAUGUGUUCCUCCAUGUCGAUGGUGCAACUGGACUGCUGCCAUCUGCCACAGCCACACUCUCUAGCCCACUCCAACCUCUGCCAAGCAAUGCACUGCUGCACCUCGGCUCAGAUGGUCUUAGCUCCGGCAUUUCCGCCACGUUCCUGGGCGAGCUGUCUGGGUUUUUCUAUGCCCCGCAUGCUGUAGCCGCGGCAUCCCUGGCAUGUGUAAGCAGCUGUGAUGAAUGGCUAGUCCCCGUGGCUAACUCUGCCUCGUCAUCUACCCGUACGGCAAGCAGAUCUAGUGCAGGCGGGACAGUAGAAUACGUUGACAGCACACUGGUCGGCAUUCAAACAGCCAUACGCUCCACCGGUUACUACAAUGCACAAGCAGAGCCUGAUCUUGCUACACGUCGCAUUCAGAUUCAGCUCUACGACGGCCGUUUCUACAGUCCCAUGGCAGUCGCCAGCGUGCAGAUUGUCGCUGUGAAUGAUAGACGGCCAGUCAUUGAUCUUGAUUCAACGGACGGCAAUGCGAGUCUGAACUUUGCCACACUGUACAUUGAGAACCACGGGCCAGUGAGGGCAACGUCGGCGUCUGUGAAAAUAUCUGAUUCGGACUUUGGUGUGCUGCGUAUUGACCAUGUAAAUGUGUCCGUGGUAUUGCCACGUGAUGGUACCAAUGAGAAAUUGUCCGCAACUGCUAGUGGGCAAGUCUCCAUUAUCCAGACUUCAGCCAGCUCGCUCUGGCUUGUUGGUCCUGCACUGUUCGCUGACUUUGAGCAGGUGUUGCAAACUGUACAGUAUGACAAUACUGCCAUUGAGCCUAGCAUGCCAGCCGUGCGCGAAAUCAGCUUUUCAGCAAGCGAUGGCACCCUGCUCAGCCCUGCCGUGUCCACCAUUGUCACGAUCAUGCACACCAACGAUCCGCCAGUGCUACAACUCAGUGGGGAGAACAACCUCACCUUCACAGAGGGCUCGCCACCACUUCUGCUACUGCCAACAGGUUUGUCGUUAACCGACAGUGACAACACCACUGCACUGUCCGUGACGAUUUCGCUUCAGACCUCGCCCGAUGGUGCAAUGGAGCUGUUGAAUGUCUCUGCAAACAGGCCUGGCAUUCGCGUUCAGUAUGGCACCAACACUCUAUCUCUGGUGGGCCCGGCUCUGCGAAGCGAUUUCGUGGACGUGCUCAAAACUCUGACGUAUCAGCACACCAAUGAUGCAAUGCCAACAGCUGGCGUCCGCGCCGUACUGAUCAUAGCUAGUGAUGGACUCGCUAUCAGCAGUAUCCUUGUCUUUGUGACAGUGAGAAGCCUGAAUGAUGCGCCGCUCCUUGAUAUCUCCGGCCUCGGCGUUACCCGUAGAUACCUAGUCAGUUUCACAGAAGGUGACAGUGGUGUUGCGGUUGUAUCCUCAAAGUUAUCCCUUCAAGAUGUCGACAGCGUUAACAUGACUCAGGCUACAUUCAGCCUCUCUCCACGUCCCAAUGGUGCAACGGAAGGUCUACGCAUGAAUAUCAGUAACAGUGCAUUGACAUUUAACUAUGACAUGACACGCGGCACAUUGUCAAUCCUGGGACAGGCCCAUGUGGAUCAGUACGCUGUGGCGAUGAAAACCAUUGUCUAUUACAACUCCAAUGAAAAUCCAGAUACUACACUACGGCGGGUGAUAAUGCAUGUGUUUGAUGACAAAGGUACCAGUAGCAACUCAGCCGAAGCUCUCAUCACAGUCAUUGCUGUCAAUGAUCCUCCUGAGAUCCAGCCGGCUGGGCUAUUUCCAUUUGCUGUCACAUUUGUUGAGGAGAAGGGCCCCGUUGUCAUUCUACCCACUGGAGUGUCUGCAUAUGACGCUGAUAGUCCAGGCAUUGCUACCGUCUUUGUACAGGUAACGGGUGUGGAGGAUGGAGUGAGUGAGGUCUUGAUUGCAUCCGACCCAGCAGUCCGAGCCACAACGACAAACACAGCACGCUCCAUAUCUGGCCUAUCCGUGCAGUAUACAUUCUCUCCCAGUCUGCCUCUCAGCAGUGCCAGCAAGUUCUUGCAGGGUCUACAUUACAACAACUUGGCGCUGGAGCCCAGCUCUCUCCUGCCACGCCAAGUCCAGGUAUCUAUGAGUGAUGGAUUGGUAAUGAGCAGGCUGCAACAGUCCACUAUCACAGUCGUGCCCGUCAAUGAUCACCUCCCUAUGUUUACUAGGACUGUGUUUACGGGUCUAGCUGUUGAUGAGAAUGCCAGGGUUGGUCACAGUGUUGUGCAGGUGUCUGCAUCGGACGGUGACGGUGACAAUGUGGUGUACAGCAUCAAUUCAUCUGUCCCGUUCCAAGUUUCUUCGACCGGAAUCGUCUCAGUGUCCGGGCCUCUGGAUCGCGAGACUACAACCCAGUACAGUUUCUUUGUCCAUGCUACUGAAAUGGCGUCACCAUCUCGUCAAGCCGUCACUCCUGCCUUUAUUGACAUAGCCAUUCUGGACAUCAACGAUAACUUCCCGCGGUUCGUCCCUGCGUUGAGCACUGUCAAUGUGUCUGAAGCAAGUCCAGUAGGUACGCUGGUAACACUAGUGUUUGCACAAGACACGGAUAAUGGUAGCAAUGGUACUCUUCUCUACUCCAUACUGAGUGGCAACGAUAACGCGUCGUUUGAGAUUGACCCGGCGACUGGUGCUGUGAGAGUCAGCAAUGGUUUGGAUCGCGAAACACGGGCCAGAUUCACACUGCUCGUACAGGCCAGAGAUGCGGGCACGCCGGCACACGACAGAAGCGAGAGCUUGCUGAUAGACAUUCUCGACGUGAACGACAGCCCACCUCGGUUCUCAGCACCUCUGUAUCAUGUCUCUGUGUCAGAGGUGAUUGCAAUAUCGUCGUCUCUACUCCAAGUGCAGGCAACUGAUGCUGAUAGUGGUGAGAAUGCCCGUAUACUGUUCGAGAUUGUACCAUCCUCAAGCAGCAUGGCAUUCAGCAUUAACAGCACCACAGGCACAAUAUCUACCACAUCGUCAUUGGAUUUUGAGUCGCAGGUGCAGCAUCGAUUCACUGUGAGAGCAUCGGACAAUGGCAGUCCAGCCAGGAUGACAGGCACGACGUCAGUUGUCAUUGAUGUAACCAAUGUGGACGACCAUGCACCACACUUUCUACUGUCUCUGUACCAAGCUAGUGUGCGUGAGCAUUCUAGCCCCGGUACGCCCGUUGUCACUGUUUCAGCUGCAGACAUCGAUCCAUUCUCUGCCAUUACGUACAGUAUUGUUACUGGAGAUCAGCGCCUCUUCACGAUCAAUUCCUCGACUGGAGUGAUCGCUGUACUUGCUGACAUAGACCGCGAGUCACAGUCUACAUACAACCUCACGGUAGCAGCCCUGAGUCACAGCAACUCCACUCUCGUUGCCGCUAAUAGAACCACAACCACCGUCACUGUCACCAUCCUGGAUAUCAACGAUUUUCCACCAGUGUUUUCCCAGCCAAUUUACACGUAUCCAGUUCCGGAAAACCUUGCAACUGGCUCGCAGAUUGGAUCUGUUUCAGCAUCUGAUCUUCACGACUCGGGUCUCAACGCUGUUGUGUCUGACUUUGAGCUAAUCUCUGGGAAUGGUAGUAGCGUGUUCACCGUUAGCAGCAGUGGAGUUCUGCAGCUGAAUCAAACACUUGAUCGAGAGACCGCAGCACUGUACACCGCAGUGGUACAAGCCACGGACAGUGGUGUUCCCAGCAUGUCCGCCACAGCCACGCUUGUCUUCGUUAUCACAGAUAUCAAUGAUAACCGUCCUGUGUUCGACCAGCCCGACUAUAAUGCAUCGCUGCGAGAAGAUGUUGGCAUAGGGUACCCACUCAUUACUCUGACGGCUACAGACAGCGACGCUGGCAGCAAUGGUGAUGUUGUCUAUAGCAUUGCAGUGACCUCGGCUCCGUUUAUGAUCAACCAAGCAACCGGACUGGUGACUGUUUCAGGGAAUCUUAACUACUCUGUUGCUCCAUUGUAUCGCCUCACUGUCACAGCGUCAGACCAAGGCACUACCACUGUGAUGGCAAGCCAGGUUAUACUGCUAGUCAAUGUCUUGCCAAAACCUAAUGGUGCCCCUAUCUUCCAGAGUCUGCCCUACACAACAACGCUACUGGAAAACUCCACUGUAGGUGCGUUUGUAGUGAUGGUGCAAGCAGUCAGCGGUGAUCCACUGAUCAAAGGUCCAGUUACGUAUUCUCUGGGUGCUCCACUCACAGGACAGUGGAGUGUAGACAAGACAAGUGGUGUAGUGACUCUGCAGCGUCCGCUGGACUUUGAAGCUGAUCGCCAAGUCGUGCUGACCGUGGUUGCUCAAGUCAGAGACUUACAGAAUCUAACCCUAUCAUCCACAGCUAUCGUCACGGUCGUUGUUGGUGAUGUGAAUGACAAUGCACCAGUCUUGUCACCACUUCGUUUAGUUAUCAAUGUGAGUGAGGCAAGUGGAGUUCCUGUGUCAAUCGGACAACUGGUCACCAACGAUGUUGAUACAGUUGUAUCACCGCUAAUGUUCAAUCUCGUCUCCUCAUCCGUUCCUGGUGCUGUGUUGGUUAGUUCAUCAGGUAAUGUUCGGCUCAACAUGAAGCUUGACAGGGAAUCAGUGGGCUCCAUCAUACUCAAUGUUUCUGUGACAGACGGAGUGUUCAUCGCCUAUGGGAUGGUUGUUGUGAAUGUCCUCGAUGCCAAUGACAACCCACCAAUGUUCACCAGCCCUGUGUAUUCGGCAUCCAUUGCAGAACGGUCAGCGAUUGGUCUGUUGGUGCUGUCAGUCACCGCCCAGGAUAAUGACAUCGAUAAGAAUGCGCAGCUGACGUACGGCAUCAGUUCGGGCAAUAUCAACUCAACGUUUGUUAUCAAUGCUACUACGGGUGUCAUCCGCUUGGCAGGACCAGUUGACUUUGAGUCGCUGACAAUGUACAAACUCUUGGUGACGGUGUCUGACAUGGGAGCUAUCCCGCUAACUGCAAACUGCACUGUUCUGAUCAACAUCACUGAUAUCGACGAUGAACCACCAGUGUUUGUGACUGCAUCGUAUCAACUUGAUGUGGCGGAGAAUGCUACCCUUGCCACCUCGCUCUUGUCUGUACUGGCCACCGACCCAGACGGUGGACUAUCUCCUCGCCGUAUCCAAUACAGCAUUACAUCCGGCAACACAGGAGAUGUGUUUCAGCUGCAGGCAAUGUCAGGAAUUCUCAGUUUGGCUAGGACUCUCGACUUUGAAACCCAGCCGACGUAUCGUCUCCAGAUAUUGGCAUCAAACGGUGGUGUGACUGGUCCGGGCAGCAGGGCACUGAUCACGGUGUCUGUGAUGGAUGUCAACGACAAUCCGCCUGCGUUUAGUGCAGCACUAUAUACCCGUCGGGUGUUGGAGAACGCCAUCAUUGGCCAUCCUGUGAUCACGAUGAAUGCUACGGAUGCUGAUACGGGUGUCGGCGGAGUAGUUAGCCAGUACACUAUCGUGAGGGGAAACACCGGUGAUGUAUUCAAUAUCACUCCCUCCACCGGUGUACUGCUUGUGGCCGAGUCACUGGAUUACGACACACGCCCGUUCGGGUACAAUCUUGUCAUUCGGGCCACUGACGGUGGAUCACCACCUCUGCACGGCGACACCACAGUAGCAGUAUUCCUGGAUGACUUCAACGACAACGCUCCCGUGUUCUCUUCUCCGCAGUACUCGGCUAGAGUGUUUGAGAGUGCUGUCACAGGCAUGGCCAUACUGAACAUCACCGCUAUGGAUGCUGACUCUGGUACUAAUGCUGAGAUAGUGUAUAGCUUGCGUGGCCAGACACCAUUCUCUGUGGACCAGCAAACAGGUACUGUGAGACUAGUCUCUUCACUGGAUCGGGAGAACAUUAGCAGUUACACCAUCACAGCAGACGCUCACGAUAGGGGUAUUCCCCAGCUUGUCGGCAGCACCACGCUGAGUAUAACUGUGCUGGAUUCGAAUGACCAGAUACCUCGUUUUUCCUUGCCAUCAUACAGCGGUUCAGUAUUGGAGGACAGCAUUGCUGGUACAUCUGUUCUGCAGUUACUUGCCAUCGAUGAUGAUCUAGGUAGCAAUGCUGUCAUCAGAUACCAACUUGACAUUGCUGGCAGUGCACCGUUCUUUGUCGGUGCUGUGUCCGGUGACAUCUUUGUGAAUGGAAGUCUAGAUCGAGAGCUCACACCGUCAUACACAUUUGCAGUGCGUGCUACAGAUCAGGGCCAGCCUCCGGCAAGCUCAGUCGUGUCAGUAACAAUCAGCAUCGAUGAUAAGAACGACAAUCCACCCGUGUUCAAUCAGACGCUCUACUCUGUCACCGUUCUGGAGAACAUCGACCUACGGUCUGUGGUGUACACGCUGCAUGCUACUGAUGCUGACGUAGGUAACAAUGCUCUGCUCACCUACUCCAUCACAGGUGGCAAUGUCUUGGGUCGCUUCAAUACCGAGCCAACUAGCAGCAACAUUGUACUGGUUGGUCUCCUUGACCGUGAGCUGGUUGCCAGUUACCGCUUAUCCAUUGCAGUCGUGGACGGUGGAAUACCACAGAUGAGCGGCAGCACAAUGCUGGACAUAACGGUGGCAGAUGUGAACGAUAACAUUCCAGUGUUCAGGCAGUCGUCCUAUUCAUACACUGUAGCGGAGGAUUUGUCAGCUGGUUUGGAAGUGGGCCGGUUGGAGGCCACCGACAGAGAUGCUCGCAGCAAUGCUGUCAUAACGUACGUACUCACCAACACGUCCGUACCAUUCAGUAUCAAUGCCACGACUGGGUCGCUGACUGUGGCUGCACCAGGCUUGGACUACGACACCCAGUCCGUGUUUGUGUUCAACGCUGUAGCCAUGGAUGGUGGUUCUCCAUCACUCAACAGCACUGUACAGGUGACGGUGACUCUAACGGACAUCAAUGACAACUCACCAGUGUUUGAACCAGCCCAGUACAGUAUCACAGUCCCAGAGAACACCACGGCUGGCAGCAUUCUGAUCACAGUCACAGCUAGUGAUGAUGAUGACACCAGCAAUGCUGUCCUCUCCUAUAGCAUAGUGUCCGGCAAUGCACAGGGACACUUUGUUAUCAAUGCACUACGCGGUUCUGUUGAACUGCUGGGCCAGUUGGAUAGAGAAACAACUGCUUCGUACCAGCUGGCUCUCCGAGCUCAAGACAACGGUACACCGCAGCGUAAUGGCAGAGCUAAUCUUAGUAUUAUUGUUCAGGAUGUCAAUGACAACUCACCAGUCAUUUCACCCACACAAGCCAGCACUGUGUUUAGAGAGAACGGAGGACCGGUGACCAUCUUCAGUACUCUGACUGUGUCUGAUGAGGACACAUUCCCACUGUAUAGUCUGACUGCUCGGCUGAUGCUCGACAGUGGACUUGCAGCUCCCUCAUCAGACUCUUUACGGCUGAGUGGCACCAUUCCGGCCACGUUAUCGGUUUCCGGCUCAGGUAGUCACCAGAUAAUAAUCAGUGGUGUGGCUAGUGUGGUGCAAUAUCAGAGUCUGUUACAAGAUAUCCAGUUUAUCAGUGUAGCUGAUGAGCCCCUGUCCACUGUACGCAAGGUCACAGUUAGUGUCAAUGAUGGCCUAUCCAACUCCCCCAUCAGUACUGUAUCGAUCUCCAUCGUGUAUGUCAACGACCAUGCGCCGCAGCUGCAGCUGGGAAACCAGUCCAUCAACUAUUCCACAUCGUUCACCGAGGAAGGACCUGCUGUGAGCAUUGUGUCACCCGCUGCAGUGCUGAGUGAUACAGACGGAGGAAUGAAUACUAUCCAGUCUCUCAACAUUACUAUCAAGAAUGCAGCUAAUGGUGCUGGUGAGAUGAUUGCGCUCAGCGUAGGGUCGGUUCCGUCCAUUUCCAUGCAGCGCGGUUCAGCGCAGACAGAUCAGUACCUGAAUCUGAUUGGCCCUGCAUCGUUGAGUGAGUUCCAGAGUGUGCUUCGCCUCCUGACGUACAUCAACACUGCUGAUGAGCUGGCAGGUGUGCCAUGGAGAGAGGUGUGUAUGCUGGCCACUGAUGGAAUGUUCUUCACCAAUCUGGCAUGUGUCAAUAUCAGCUUGCUGCAUCAGAAUGAUGCGCCCCUGCUCCGUCUGGGCGCUUUCACUGACAACGUUGUCGUGUACAAUGAAACUUUAUCCGGUGUGAGCAUUGCUGAUACGAAUGCCAGUAUUACGGACAGCGAUGACUUACUUUUAGCCCAGAUGAUAGUGCAGAUCACCAGCUAUCAAGCAACGUCGGACAAUCUAACAGCUAGCACUACCGGAACGGCAAUCUCUGUCCAGCAGCACGGAGAUUCGCUCGUCUUCACUGGUGCCGAUACGCCGACAAACUAUCUGAUGGCUCUGCGCUCUGUUCGGUUUUCGUACACGCUCCAAACUGGAGAAACGUUUGAAAGUCUGGAGCAGAGUGGCACCAUCCGGAGACUGCGUGUUUCCUGCAGUGAUGGUAAGCUGAAUAGUAGCGUGGCAACCUCAAUCAUCACAUUCUCUGCGACUAACAAUGCACCAACGGUGCGCAUUGCAGGCAUGAAGAUCUACGCUGUGUCCUUCUCGGAGGACAGUGGCCUGCUGUCAGUGACGGGGAAUUCCCUACUGGUCUUUGAUCCCGACUCGGUCAGCCUGGUGUCAGCGACAAUAGCGUUUUCAUCUCCACCAGUUGACGCCGGUGAGAGGUUGAACAUAGCUACUGUGCCCGCUGGAAUACGCACCCAAUACUUCUCAUCCAGUGGCAUAUUGACAUUAUCAGGCACUGCUAAUCUGAUGGCGUAUCAGCAAGCCUUGAACAGUGUGGAGUAUGUGAACCCAGGCGACAAUCCAACCUCGGCAACCCGCCGCCUCUUCCUGACAGUAUCUGACGGACAGCUCUCCAGCGACCUCACCGUCAUGGAGAUCGCAGUCACACCGGUUAAUGACCGCCCUGUUGUGUCACCCUCCAUCUUGCCUCUCGUAGUGUUCACGGAGAACAGCCCAGCAGUCAACAUUGCCAGUGCAGCCAACAUCACUGACCCAGACUCCUCCAUUUUAGAGAUCAUAGUCACCAUCGUAAAUGCUCGUGAUUCGUCACAAGAGACCAUCGAAGGCUCUGCAAGCAUAACGCGAAGACUGGUUAUUCCACCGGCGUCGUUUGCCUUCUACUUUGCCGAUAGCCUGGGCAAUCCUGUUGCAAGAUCAUCGAGUGAGAUGACCGAUGUACUGCGUAGUCUGCGAUACAACAACAGCGCACCAGAGCCUGACGCCAGUGCACAGCGUCAAGUUCUCAUUACAGUCAGCGAUGGCAAAGCGUUCAGUCAGAACACGAGUGCGAGCAUUGCAAUCAUGCUGGUCAAUGACAAUGCACCAGUGGUGAGCCCAGCACAGCAGACAGUGCCGCUUAUGGAGAAUGCUCCAGUCGGCCAUCAUGUGCUGCAGGUGUCGGCAACCGAUGCUGAUGUUGAUUCAGUUCUUGUUUAUUCACUGGUGGACAAUUUCACCUUGUUUGCUAUCAACAGCAGCACUGGACUUGUGAGUACUUCGGGUCUGCUUGACUAUGAUAUGCCUCCACGCCAGUACUCCUUGCAGAUCAGUGUGUUUGAUGGUCAGUUUACAGCCACAGCCAUGGCUAACAUCACGCUACUGGACGUCAACGACAAUUCUCCUUCGUUCAUGGAUGCAUCUGUGAAUGUCAACGUGUCGGAGUCGCGGGACACUGGAUCGGUGGUCUUGACGGCUUAUGCCACUGAUGCCGAUAGUGGAAUCAAUGGCAUUGUGCAGUACAUGUUAGAGCCUGGCUUUGGUGCUAAUCUGUUCCAGUUGAAUAUUACAUCAGGUCAACUCUCCAUUGGAUCAAGACUGGACUACGAGACGGACGCUAACUACACACUGCGUGUGAAAGCGUACGAUCUUGGACUGCCCUCGAUGAGUUCAGUGCUGACUGUCUUUGUUCGAGUGAUUGACGUCAACGACAACCCACCCGUCUUUGAUCCGACUGAAGUAACAGUCAGCCUGUCUGAAUCUGCACCAGUAAGAAGCACCGUUGUUGAAAUGAAUGCCAGCGAUGUAGACUCCAACGCUAUAUUGUACUCCAUAGACUCCAGCGUGUUCAGCAUUGAUGCUCAGAGUGGUGUUGUGAGUAUUGCCCAACCAUUGGACUAUGAACAGAUAGCCAUGUACAAUAUCACGGUCACUGCCGUAGAUGCUAACCGCCUGCCCGUGCUGAGCUCCACUGCCCGGCUGAUCAUCAGUAUACUUGACGUGAACGACGUUGCUCCACAGUUCAGUCAUGCCGUGUACAACGCCAGCAUCUCCGAGUCCAUUGCGCUGCACAGUGCAGUUAUCAAUGUUACUGCAAGCGAUCAAGACUCCGGACUCAACGGCCUUCUUCAGUACUCCAUCAUUGGCGGCAACAUCGGAAAUAGCUUUAGUAUUGAUCAAGCAGGCCAGGUCUCAGUCAUUGGACAGUUGGACUUUGAGACCCGCUCGUUCUAUCGUUUGGAGAUUCGUGCACAGGACUAUGGAAUACCACCGUUGAACAGCAGCACUCUCUUAGAGAUUACUAUACUGGACUUCAAUGACGAGCGGCCUGCAUUCCCUGCCUCGACCAUCCAGGCCAACGUGAGUGAAGGAGUCGCUGUGCUGCCACAUCCGGUCACACAGCUGCUGGCAAGUGAUGGUGACCAAGGUUCUAAUGCCCUUCUCCACUACAGCAUUCUCACCGGCAACAACGGGUCUGUGUUUAGCAUCAACACCAGUACAGGAUGGCUGGAGGUGGUGUCCAUGCUGGACCGAGAACGCAUCAGUCAAUAUCUGCUGGUGAUUGAGGCGAGGGAUCUUGGAACUCCACCACUGUUCUCAACUCUAAAUGUUGUCAUAUCGGUACUUGACGUGAACGACAAUGCUCCACAGUUUAGCACUGGUUUCUUUCCAGCUCGGAUUGAGGAAAACGAGCCUGCUGGUACUCCAGUUGCCUCUCUUGCAGCCACUGACCAAGAUGUAGGAAGGAAUGCACAGAUUGUGUAUUCCCUGACUGGAGGUUUGGGACAGUUCGCUGUGAAUGAAAGCACUGGAGAAGUGAGUACGUUGACUCCACUAGACUAUGAUGGCCGUCCACAUCAGUACAACCUAACUGUCACUGCACAAGAUGAAGGAAUGCCAUCUCUAUCGGCCAGCACUACACUUCUUGUUGACAUUAUUGAUUUGAACGACAACAGCCCACGAUUGGCGGUGUCUCAAUUACAAGUAUCUGUGCCGGAGAAUUCUGUGGCUGCUAGCAUUGCCCAGCUGAAUGCUAGCGAUGCAGACUCUGGCAUUAAUGCCCAGCUUGUCUACAGGAUCACCAGUAGAAAUGUCGGCAGCAAGUUUGCAGUGUCUACGUCCGGAUUGGUCAGUCUUAACGCCAGUCUUGAUAGAGAAACCCUUGCCAAGUACACAUUGACGGUGGAGGUUCAAGAUGCCGGACCACAAGAGACAGUAGUGCCAGCCAUUGCCACAAUCAUUGUCGACGUACUGGACGAGAACGAUAACAAUCCAGUUUUCUCUCCUACGUUGUACAGUGCGACAAUCGUGGACAACUCCACAGUACCAGCCAUUCUUUUCACCGUGUCAGCUACGGAUGCCGAUGCAGGCAGUAAUGCUAACGUGACGUUUGCAAUCACAUCAGAAAAUCCAGGAAAUGCUUUCUCACUCUCACCGUACUCUGGUGUUCUGAGUCUGGUUAAGCCCAUACCGACUGCCUUCCAAACGUAUCAACUAGCCUUUACUGCAUCUGAUCACGGAAACCCGCCCAGGUCUGGUUUUGCCACUGCAGUGAUCACAGCCAGUCAGAGAGCAUACUUUGACUUCAGUGUCAGCGGUUUGGGAUACAGCUUGCCCACAUCCGUGCCGGGAUCUACACACGACUUUGGCUUCUUUGCCGGUGCGGCCGGUGUUGGCCGUCAGGGUACAGUGAAGGCCUCACUUGGUCAAUUUGAGGUGAAUCAGACAUUCAGCGUUCAGCGUCAUGCGGCGGUGUCAGCAAGAGCCGUCCUAGUGGAGAGCGAGUUCUACUCCGAUGCAAGACAGAUGCAUGUGAUUGCACAGGCAUAUGAUACCACCCAUGGUAUUCACACUGCACCGGCAAGGAUAGUGUUCCGUGUCAUACCAGAUGCUAGCUUGGGCUUUGUCCUAGCUAUCGAUCAGCAGUUGAUAUGCACUACGGACGAUGCUGGUCGUUGCGAGGGUGUUCUAACACUGCCCGCAGAUUGGUUUGACGGAGGUCGACUGCCAUCAGCUAUUCAGCAUGCUACUGUGGACUAUCGUCUUGAGACGGUGUUCACGACUACAUCCCUUGGUCGGGUAGCCCUGCAUGCCACACAGCCAGUGCAGGUUAGAAACGAUGUGGUGGCCGUGCUGCCGGACUUUCCCGUCAUUGCCGGACAAACAGUUGCCGUGCCAGUCUACGCACAUGCUGUCUACGCCGUGGCUACCUACAGUUUGCGCUGUGACGCCUCGGCUGGUGUGGAGAUCGUGUCAGCAUCCGUUGACACGUCGCUCUGGACCACUGACAGUCGUCAGAAUCUCUCCACUAGCCUGGCCAUCGUGGCAGUGCUGCGAGAUCCGGAGCUAGCUUCAGGUAGCGUGGUACAGCGUGACACACUGUUGACACUACAGCUACGACUCAGCAACGCCACACAGGCCAUGGCAAGCUCCACAACCAUUGACUGCACGGUGUAUGGAGUGAACAACAUCCGAAGUCAAGAACUCCAGCCGCGUGGUCUACAGUCACCAGUCAGUGCCACCAUCAGCGGCGGAGAGAAUCAGCGAUUGCGUAUUGGUACACGCGUACUCCGAGGUCUCAUUGCUACAAGUAAUCAAUCUGAGCUUGUCGACCUGGGCCCUGUGGGUGGAAGAUCCACCAUUGCAUCCAUUGACUUGCUCGCUGUUUACUCAGAUAACUCCCAGGAACGAGUGGCCAAUGCACAGUGCUCUUCACUUAGUACUUCACUUGAUUUGUUGCUGGGCUGCUCCGCAGUGCAGCUCAGUGUGAAUGCUACGCCAAGUGCUGAUACCCGUAUCUCUGUGACAUUCGGUGGUCUGAAUGCAACGCUCGGCUUCAGGGUAUGGAGCGUAGUGAGUCAGUCGCAGCCCGUGCAGCUUUCAAUGAGCCCUGCGCGGCUUGGCAAGAUCAACGGCUGGCUCGAGAGCGAGGCCGGUGCUUGUGUGCAGCGGUACCAGUCAGGUCAGAUGCAAGCCAGCGCUCAGUUCACCUACGACGGUGUGUCCGUCCAGGCCGUGUCUGUAUUGUCACUGGUGGCUGCGUCUUUCCAGUCAUCCAACACAUCCAUUGCAACUGUAUCAGCUACCGAUGGUAAAGUACUUGCCGUGAACCCUGGCACGUGUACAGUCAGUGCGUACAGUGACGACAUGGAGAUUGCAAGCCACUCGGUCAUCGUCGAUGAUAACCUGAACGUCUCAGUAACCUCUCUCAGUGUUGUUGUUGCAACUGGUGUAUCACUGUCACUGCCUCCAUCACCGUACACUAGUAUAUCCAGCCAGAGAGCCAGUGCAUUUGUACGACAAGAGUUCACGUUUGAAGGAGUCAACGGAACAGCAUCGGUUGUAGCCGUUCUCUCUGAUAAUUCACUGUACGAGCUGUCAGCCAGGGAUGGCCUGUCUGUGCGAUCACUGGACACCGCUGUAGUGCAGGUGAUCGGAGACAAUGUUGUGUCGGCCGUAUUGAACGGCAGUGGAGAGCUUAUUGAAGCUAGAUGGUCCUCGACCUCUCCACAGUGCUCGUCUGACCUGAUUGCCUCUGGCCGCAGUAGCGUUGCCGUGCGCUUGCCACGCGCCAUACAGGUCAGCCUUGUCAGCCAGCACACCACGUUGACCGUACCGACAGACUCGGCAUCUCACAUUCUGCCAACGACAAGCAGCCUGACUGUGACGGUGUCCUACCAGAAUGGACGUAGAGUGGACCUGACCGCCGAUAGCCGCACUGUCUAUGACACCUCAUUGGCAGCUGGCCUGUUCACUGUGGUAGUGAGCGGUGGUUCUGCCAGCGUUCUACCAAACACCGCAGGUCUGUUUGGUACCACUGUACUGCUCGUGCGUUUCCACCAUCUGAAUCUUACGGCCAGUUUACCACUGACCGUGACCGGAUUGAGUCAUGUGUCAGUAUUCGCAUCACCCUAUCCUACAUACCACACGUCUAGCAACAAGCGUAUAAACAGCUUGCACAGGAUCGGAAGUACAAGCCCGUCAUCGUACCAACAGGCUGAACUGCACGUCACCGCUCACUUCCUGGACAACUCCACCGCUGACAUUUCCACGCAUCUAACGCUCAUAUCGUCCGACCGUCCAUCUGAAAUCUCCAUCUCCACCAACAUCGUGCGCCCAGUGCCAGCCGCUGCGGAAGGCACUGUAAUUCUGACAGCAAGCUUUGUAGCAAAGCACAUGGCUACAGUGCGCAUGCACCUCAAUCAGUCAACUGUUCGUAUCGUUCAACUUCAGAAUAUGACACUAUCUUCUGGCUUCACAUUGUCUGGCGCACAGCUUGCUACCGGACAGAGUCAGCUAUCAGCUGUCUUCUCGGAUGGUACACAGUAUGCUAGUUUGUUCAGUGGCUCAGUGCCUGUAUUGCCUGGCAGCAUAUCAUUCUCAUUGGACACGCCAAGUGCCGCCUCUGUGGACACCAGAACCGGUCUUGUAUCUCUUCUAGCCAACCAUCAUUCCUUGGUCAGAUUGACAGCAAGUGCUGUUGGCAGUUCAGGCGUUACCGCAAUGCUGCUGUUUGCAUGUAACCUCCAUGCCGAGGCUGGAGAUAUUGACAUUGGCAAUAGUACCGGCUUGCCAGUGGACAGGCGUGCUGUGAACGAGCUGUUUGUCCUGCCCAUGUACGUCAACACCGGCACGUAUAGCCUGGGCGAUAUGUCAGUCUGUCUCAUAUUCGAUCCCCUACUGAUCAAAUUCAAUACAGUCACAGCAGCCACGGCCUGGUCAGGUGCUACCGUGAACCUCAGCCCACGCGGCAGUCAGACUUGCAUCACUGCUAGCAAUCCAUCGUCAAGAGCUUCUGGUUUGGUUCAUGUUGUGAAUGUUGUUGUUCAAACUCUAGCCGCUGGGCAAGUGGAUGUGAAUGUUCGAAUUGAUCGCCUUGUAAGCACAGGCGAUUCUCCUGUGGAGCUGACACGGCCUUUCUCAUUCUCCAAAGCUGGCAAGGUGUCAUUCCUGGUUGGUAACAGUGUGAGUAGUGGACGACGUCGACGAUCCAUGCUGGACUCAGCGGUACAUGAGCGACUCAGACGAGCAACUGCAUGCGCGACACCACCGUGUGAUACGUGCCCAGGUAGUAGAUCGCCAGCGGACACCGAUGGCAGUUGUGAGUUUGACGGUGCUGAUGUGUCAUAUCUACAGCGCUACCUAGUCGAGGGCCUCUUCAACUUUGCACUGCCCACGGGCCGAGCACUGGUUAGUAACCUAACAAACUAUCAACGCAGCGCCCUGGAUGCUGACGGCAACCAGGCAGUGAACACGGGUGACCUGUACUUUAUACAGCGUGUGAAUCUGCGCCUACUGAACUUCCUGGUGUCAUCAGUCACCGUUCCAGUUCAAGAUGUGAAUUCGCCAUGUCUGCUUAUCGUCAACGCAACCUUUCAAACUGCUAAUGGCAGCCUACCUGACAAUACCGAUGUGUUUGUGGACAUCAGUUUGCCAUUCGAUCCCACCUAUAGCCAGCAGCAACAGUUUGAUAGAUCGGUGUUUCUCAAGGGAACUCUCCUGUCCUCUUCAAAGUCGAUAGCAGUGGAAGGCGGUGUGGUACAGAUGCAGAAGUUCUCCGAUGGUACGUUUGGCAUGGAAGGCCAGUUUGAAGUGAAUGUCAGCAACAUUGGCAUCAGCUUCCUGCAAGUCACCCAUGAUAGUAACAACCGCACUGGUGCUGUAAGGUCAUUUGCUUUCCUGGGCAGCAGUACGCCUCCCCUGGCACACAGUCAGCCGUUCGGUGUGGAUGUUACCGUGUUCAGCCAGCGCAUCUCAUUCUCCACCAACGUGGGAUUCAAUCCGUUCACCGCCGUCAACAACACGCUGAAAUCAUCUGACUGCUCCGUCAACACUCGCCCGGAAUUCAAUUCCAGUUUGUACACUGUCAGUGUGGUAGAGGGCAGUGCAGUAGGGCAGUCUGUCUUGCUUGCUCAAGCUGUAGACAGCGACAGUGGCACCAAUGCUCAGUUGAGCUAUUCCAUCAUCUCGAACCGGACUGUCCCGUUUGUGAUAUCAGCAUCGUCUGGCCUGAUCACUGUGAAUGGCACGCUGGAUAGAGAGAUGUCAUCUCGCUAUCAGUUCACGGUUAGUGUGAUUGAUAGCAGUAUCAACAAUCCCCUCUCAGCCACUGCAACAGUCACGGUCGUCAUCACCGAUGCUAAUGACAACAUUCCAGUGUUACACAACCUACCUGCCCGUAUUGACCUGGUUGAGAACAUCCCUGCUGGCUAUAUAGUACUGGAUAUUAAUGCUACUGAUGGUGAUAUUGGAUCAAAUGCCCGGAUCACAUUCACCGUGAUAUCCUCCACACCAGCAGGAUGGGUGUCAGUGAACAGUACUGGGGUGGUGUACACAUUACAGCCACUGGACAGAGAGCAAGUUUCUAGUAUCCGUGUACAGUUCAGUGUUGCCGAUGGCGGCUUGCCUGCGUAUAGCGUGAACGCAUCCAUCACCAUUGCCGUGGAAGAUCUCAAUGACAAUGUGCCCGUGUUCAAUACACCCAUUGCUAGCACUGAGACAGUCUUCCUGACUGAGAACACUACGCCUGGACAACAGGUGUAUGCCUUCAAUGCCACCGAUGCUGAUCAGUCUAGCAAUGCAUCCUUGGUGGUCUAUCAGCUUGUUUCUGGCAAUGAUAACUCAACCUUCUUGCUCUCCUCGCGUUCUGGAAUCCUGACGCUGAGCAAAGGUUUGGACUUUGAGAGCCAAACAGCAUUCAACUUGACUGUCCGUGCCACAAAUCCCAUACCAUACUCGCCGAUGUCACUGGUUUCCGAAACUCGGGAUCUCCUUGUCGUCAUUCGUGACGUCAAUGAGCAUCACCCGGUGUUCUCGCAGCCAUCAUAUGUUGUGUCUGUGUCAGAGAGUGUGACCAUCGGUGGCCUCAAUGUCUCACUCAUGGCAUCUGAUCCCGAUGGGUCGAGUGUUUCAAUUACGUAUGAGAUCAUUGCCGGGAACUCGGCUGGUGAGUUUCAACUUGACAACACCACUGGUCUGCUGACCAAUGCAAGGCCACUGGACUAUGAGAUCACACAACAGUACAACCUCACGGUCAGAGCUAGCGAAUCAGCUGGCGUGGCAGCACUGUCACGCGACGUCACGGUCAUUGUGAACGUCAGCCCAGCAAACGAAGCACGGCCUGUGUUCUCGCAGGCUCACUACACCGCAUCAGUGCAGGAGAAUACCACCGUUGGUGCCAGUGUACUGCAGCUGCAGGGCAAUGACAGUGACGCUGGCACUCACGGCAAUCUGACAUACGCAAUCACAGCAGGCAAUGACAAUGCUACAUUCACCAUUGAUACUCUGACGGGGGUAAUCUACCUAGCUGACUCACUCGAUCGAGAGAGCAUGGUGACGUUCACCUUGACGGCUACUGUCAUGGACCAAGGUAACGGUGCAUCGUCCGCCAAUGCUACCAUCACCAUCACUAUCACCGAUGUCAAUGAUAACUCGCCUGUCUUCGCUCAGUUCACUAACACACUGAAUGUGUCCCUCAGCUCACCAGUCGGUUCACCCAUAAUCCAGUUGUCCGUCUCGGAUGCAGACAUUGGUACCAAUGCCCUGGUGACCUUCUCACUAGUCAGUGGCAACACCAAUGACACGUUUCAGAUCACAAACCAAACUGGUGUUUUGGAACUGGCCAAGCGACUUGAUCGUCCAGGAGCGGUGUUCUCUCUAUUGGUGGCUGCAUCUGACGCCGGUGAUCCUGGCCGGGUCACCUCUGUUAACAUCAUGAUCAAUAUUGUCUCGCAAUCUCCACUGGCACCACAGUUCUCAUCUGUGCUAUACAGUGCAAGUAUUAACGAGUCACUUGUUGCGGGCACUGUAUUCAGUGUUGUGAAUGCGAGCAUUGCUGCUUCAGCAAGUAGUGGCCAGCUUCAGUAUGAUCUGAGAGACGCCACUGUACCAUUCAGUGUCAAUGCUGUUACUGGUCUGGUGUCUCUCAACCGCUCGAUUAUUGGCAUUAGUCAGCCACUAUACACCUUUCUAGUCCGUGCCACGGCUACUUACAGCACAUUAGUAUACGAGGCAUACACAUCUGUGCAGGUGUCAGUGAGCAACCGUCUUGUUGAUCAGCGACCUGUCUUCACCUCACCAACCAGUUACACAGUCUCUGAGAAUGCAAGUCUGGGAUCUGACAUUGGUACAGUUCAGGCCGUCUUUGUCAACUUCGCCGGUCGCUCAUCAGACAUCACGUACAGCAUAUCACCACUGUCCAGUGUUUUUACGAUCAACUCUUCCUCUGGUGUCAUUCGUGUGAGCGCACCAUUAGAUCGUGAACUGGUGCCGUCAUACAUGCUAACUGUGCAUGCUCAGAAUUCCCUCAGUAGCGUAGCGCUGAGCACGGACCAAGCAGUUCGCAUCAACGUUUCAGAUGUGAAUGAUGAGACCCCAGUGUUCACGGACAGUGAGUACAAUGCAACUGUCUUGGACAGUGUAUCCGUGGGUAGUGUGGUAGCUCAGCUGACAGUCCAGGAUGGUGACGCAGGUACCAAUGCUGCUGUUGUAGUCAGUCUUGCAUCACAGCCAGCAUGCUCACAGUCAUUCCGUGUGGCCAGCACCAGCACCAGCAUCAAUAACACGGUUGUGAACAUCGACACAGCACAGCUACUGGAUGUCCUCAACUUCACACAAUGCUCUCUACUGUUGACUGUCACCGAUCUUGGAAGCCCGGCUCUUAGCUCGUCCGUCAAUGUAUCCGUCGUGAUUACGGAUGGUGACAAUCAUGCCCCGAUGUUCACAGCACCGCUGUACAAUGUCAGCGUAUUGGAGAAUGCAACACAGGGUACACUUGUCACACGUGUUACAGCAACUGACCUGGACACAGGUAGUGCAGCGGGUAGUGUGCAGUACAAUAUUACUGGCGGGUCUGGUCAGGCACACUUCGCCAUAAAUCCCAGUAAUGGUGCUAUUGUUACAAAUGCUCUGCUCGACACGGAGACAACGCCCAAUUUUACACUUCAAAUUGCAGCGUUCAAUCCAAACUCUAACCGUUUUGCUUCGGCCACUGCCAUUGUUGUUAUUCGUGUGGUUAAUGUCAACGACCAUGGUCCAAGGUUUGGCCAGGCACUGUACACUGCACUUGUGUCAGCCUCUGUUCAGCCUGGCUAUGCUGUGCUGCAAGUCACUGCCACAGAUCGUGACAGCCCUGCCAUCGCGUUUAGUAUAUCUCCAGUGACGUUGUCACUGUUUGUGAUGAAUGCAAGCAGUGGUGUGCUUACUGCCCGUGGUGGGUACAAUAGUAGUCAUGUAGGACAGCAUACAUUCAGUGUGCUUGCAGUGGACAACGCCAUUCCUCCACUCAGUGCAAACACCACUGUACAAGUGACCAUAUUGCCAGCCAAUCUGGCUGGUCUCCGUCACCAGGACAUGGCCUACUCCACUAGUGGCUUGCUGGUUCAAAACACUAUCAGCAGUUCAGAGGAUUCCACAUCCCGUUUCAACCUCUCCUACAUUAGCUAUUCCGAUACAACACAGGUAACUGUGGCCAUCCGUGGCAGCUCAGUGCCGUCGCUCACACUGCGACAAGCAACGCCGCCCCUAACAGCAACCAGUCUCACUGCAACGCUCUUAACGGACGAUGUUUACUUUGAUUCGCCGCGUGUCCGCGUGUCACUGCACGCUAUGGACAUGUUUGGUGACUCACGGAUCAGUAGUGCAACCGGUACUGUCACCAUUGCCCAGGGCACAGCAAUGGAGCAGAGUGGCAGCUGUCAGCUGGUUUCUGGCCAGUGCAUUGCUAACCUAGUGCUUACUGCUGACUGGUUCACAGCCAGACGCUCGCCCAGCUUGUCUGCUCGCCUCGACACCGGCGGUGUAUCAGCAGUAGUUGCGGAAACAAUCAUCAUUCAUCCACAGCAGAGUGUCACGCUGAGCAAUGAUGUCCUGAUCCAGCUCCCCACGUACGAUCAUCUCCGAGGUGACACGCUGACGGUGUCGGCAUUCGCACACGACUCCUUUGCCAUUAGUGGCUUUGACAUCACUCUGUCGGUGGGAAGCGCACUAGAAGUGCUACACUCAGUGUCCACGGAUAGUGUGUGGUCUGCACAGUCCGUAAUCAGCACCUCUGCUGACAGUGUCAGUGUGAAUGCUGUUCUGCAGCCGGGUAUGCUACCAUCGCCUGUGUCAUCACCACCGGGAGCAACACGCCUCUUCCAAGUGCAGCUGAGAGUGCGAGCGAGCGCCGCGGAGAACAUGUUUGCAAACCUCACUGCAACUGUUCAGACUCUGACGAACAUCAACAACGAUGGCUUGCAGCCAGGUGGCCGAGCUGUUCCAACAUUCGUUUGGUUUGCAGAUCGAUUAUCACCGGCAAGCCCUGUGGGAAGAGUGUACAUUGCACAAAAUGAUCUAGUUGCAGUGUUUGCUUAUCUUGACGGCAAUCCAGUAUUCAACAUGGCCGCCUUCACAGGUAUCAACCAAACAUACAGUGUUGUGGCACGGGGCGUGUUCCGUUCCGCUGCAGUCCGCGUGCUGACAUCAUCCAUCACGUGCCAGUCAUCGUCACUCUCCUUGACUGUAGCCAGUGAUUGCAGGUCUGUGAUUGUUUCAGAUCAACACAGCAUGUCUGAGCACCAAGCACUGAUUAAUGUCACUGCCGGUACUGCACGCAGCUCAUUUCUUGUUCAUCUCUGGCAGCCGCAGUUCCCACUCCAGAUCACUCUCUCUACAACCACCCUGAGCAAGAUCGAUGGCUGGCAGCAGCUGCCCUCAUGUCGUGCUCGCUACCAAACUGCUACCGUACAGCAAGUGCUUGCAAACUUCACCAACGUCAUUGACAGUCCGAUUACUGUCAACGUCCUGGAGCGGGUCCUUUCCCGUUUGAGUAUCACUAACACAUCAGUGAUGGUACUGAACAGUACAACUGGUAUCCUGGAAGGUGUAGCGCCAGGCCAAACAGCUCUGCAACUAAGCACUGCCAGCGGACACACCAUUGCCUCAGUGAUGUGCAGCGUGUUAGAUAGUAGCAUCACAAUAUCUGGUAUCGACGUGGCUGUGUUGACGGCUCUUUCGUCUUCCGCCAGUGUUGUCAAUGCGCCCUUGUCUGCUGGCUACCUGGCAUUUGACUGGUCACACAUGUUUAAUUUUGAAGGACAGCUUGGCUUUAUUCAUGCCGCAGCAGUGUUCAGUGAUGACACACGGCAAAUUCUGGCAGCAGAGGAUCUGAGAGUGAGUUCUCUGGACACACUCGUUGUAGUACCUGGCUCAUCCAAAGACACGAUUGUUGUUCAGCAGAGCAGUGGAGCUGGUGAGUUGCUGGACGUUGCCCUGAUCUCAAACUGUUCCGCUGACAAUGUCCUAUUGUCAGCCCGAGCAUUUAUCAAUGUCACUCUGCCACUGCCUACAUCAGUCAGUAUCCUUGGCCAGGUCAGUCGCAUCACCUUCUCUGGUGAUCCAUCCACUCGGCGCAACAUACCCACAGCAAUGUCACUGCAAGUAGCAUUGGUGUUUGCAAGCGGUGUGAGACAGGACAUGGUCGCUGACUCUCGGACGUUGUUUAACUUUACAUCAGGUAGUACCUUGGUCAGUGGCAGCGUGCAAAGUGGACGAUUUGUAGUGCAGCCGACUCAAUUGGCUUCGGGUCCAGUUACACUGACCAUUGCGUUUUCGCAUCUGCCAGCAUCGUAUGCAAGGACCGUAACCUUCACAGUAGUCCAGGCAACGGCAAUAACAACAACUGCUUCCCCGUUCCCCACAUACUCCGGAUCAUCGUCCCUCAUCAGGCACAGUGUUCACCCCAUUGCAAGUACGGGUGUGUUCCAAGAAGCUUUGCUUGCAUCUGUACUACACCUGAGCGACGGUAGCACCCAUUCUGUGUCUGACAUUGUUCAGUACUCCAAGCACACAGUCGGGCUACCAGACUCCAAUGUCACCAUUACGGGCAGUGGGUCAUCACGCCGUGUCCUGGUGACGGAUCACACAGUGCCCGCUGGUACAGUGACAAUCAAUGCUACGCUGUUACAGCUGACAUCUGCCAUGCCUCUGGUGUUGACCGUGUCACGAACACCUGUAGUAGUGCAGAGUCUCUCAUUGACUAGCAAUCCCAGUCAACUAACCGGGCUCAGGACCCUAGCAAGAACACAGGUGAUUGUACAGGUCAUCUUCAAUGACACGACACAGUAUCCUGUCUUUUCAACAUCCAUCCGCCCACUGCCAGGCCUGCUGAACCUCUCACUGUCCCAUCCAAGUGUAGCUUCCAUUGAUACCGACACUGGUGCGGUAGUCUUGCUUGGCAACUCACUGCUAUCACCUGUCAGAAUAACAGCACAGGACACCAGCUCUGCGAUUAGCAACACCAUUGACGUCCCAUGCAAUCUUGAUCCUGAUUCUGGUGAUGUCGACAUGGGACAGCGGAAUGGUUUGGCACUCUCACUUGUCACUGUGGGCCAUACCUACUCUAUCCCUAUCUAUGUCAACACAGCCAACCUGCGGCUUGGAUCAUGGGAUUUUCGCCUUUCCUUCAACUCCACCCUGGUGAGAGUAGCCCAAAGAUCGGACAUAACACGUGGAAAUGACUGGCCGAGUGCAGCGCUGUUCGAUGGUGUGGCUAAUGACCCUGUUAGUGAAGUUAGAUUUGGAGGCUCAAUAGUGUCUGUUGCUGUUGUUGGAAGCAGACUGCAUCUCGCUACUGUGACUUUGACGGCCAUUGCCAGUGGCACUAGUUUCCUUGCUCUGGAAGUUGUGACACUCAAAUCACAGGAUGUCCCAGCCAGGGAUAUUGGUGCAGCAACACCGCGACAAAGUGCUGCCGCCGAUGGCCUUGUUCUUGCCGUGAUGUCGUCGUCUGUGGGAAGACGGUCAGUUGAAGAAGACCUGCUCCCGCAAACAACCGGCAUUGUUGGCCAUCGCAGGUCAAAACGCCAGGCGACUACAGCGUGUUCUGUUCCACCAUGUCCUGCAUCUCAAUGCACUGGUGGAGAACGUCAACUUGGUGACACUAAUGGUGACUGCUUGUUUGACGUCAGCGAUGUAACGUUUGUUCAACAGUACCUGGCUAGCAAAGCCCAGAACUUCAUGGACAGCAAUGGUGCCACGAUCAAGACUGGCUUGGAUACCGUGUCGGAUCGGCUUGUUGAACUGGAUGCCGAUGGAAAUGGUGUCAUUGAUGUGAGUGAUGCUCGGUAUCUGCUGUUAGUCAACUUUGGUUUACUUCGCUUCAUGAGAGAACUCCACAUCCUACCCGUGCAAGGACUCGGCUCUAACUGCUCGUUGACACUGCAGGUGCGUUUACUGAACAAAGGUGAUGUGCCUGUUGACGGCAGGCAGACAACGGUUGCGUUCUUGUUGGCCAGUAACGAAAUAGGUCUGGGUGUGCAGCUUGCAUCGUAUGCACUGAACGUUUCACAAGUGUCAGGCUCAUCUCUGGCUGUACUUCCUGCAGUGUUUGUAGGUGAUGGGACAUUCCGCUUUAGCUCCCCGGUGAACUUCACCUCUCAGACUAUUGGAGUGAGUCUGCUUCAAGUAACGUUUGAUGCUCUCGGCGGUAGCAGUGUAGAUCGGCAGUUGGUCACCCGAGGCAAUCCAUCUCCACCGUUCCUUUUCAACACACCCGUUUCUCUCAACAUCAUGGCAGCUCCUUCCGUCCGUGUAUCUUUCAUUGCGUCGAACGGUUUCAAUCCCGAAGCUCGGCUGAACAACACCCUUACUACAGCUCUGUGUCGUGUACAAGCUACAAGAGUACUGGUCAUCUCACCUGCUCUUGUUGUACAGACUGUACUGGAGAAUACUGUUCUUCCUGCCAUUGUUUUCAAUGUCUCAGUUAACAGCACCCUUCCACCAUCCUCUCCGUAUCAACUGCACUUCACUCUGCCGAAUGAUGCAGCUAUUCAGUCACACUUUGUUGUGAACAGCAGCGCUGCUUCGGCGGGUAUUCUGACGACAAUUCGACCUUUCGACAGGGAAGCCAUCGCAGCAUUCAACUUCACUGUCUCUGUAUCUACUGUCAUUGAUGGUGUGCUGCUGACAGCUGAUGCCAAUGUACUAGUUACAGUGCUGGAUGUGAACGACAACGCACCGCAAUUGACCGUCGGUACACCAGCAAACGUCACGCUCAGCGCACACACCCCACCCGGCGAUCCUGUGUUCAACGUCAGUGCCAUCGAUCUAGACCUUUCACUGAAUGCUCGCUUCAACUUCAGCCUCUCGGGCAGCAACGCAUUCAGAAUUGACUCCGAUGGCCAGGUAUACACCACUGAUCUACUGCUAGAGAAAGAUGUGUACAUUGUCAACAUCACAGCAUUUGACACACCAUCUUCAGGCCACUCACUUGCAACUACGACUGUGAUUGUUGUGAGUGUACCAGAUGUUCCUGAUGUGCUCAGCCCGCCAAUAUUCGAAAUGUUCAACGAGUCUCUGUCCGUUCCUGAAAACAGUCCACUCAGCUUGAUUAUUGCUACAUUCGCAGCCAACACUCGGAGCAACUUCUCCAAGGUCUACUACGUCAGCUCCUUGCAACCACUGCCUGUGCAGAUCUCUGCGACCACCGGAGAACUGACAGUGACUGGUGCACUGGACUAUGAGACAACACCAGUCUACAACAUCACAGUGCAUGUAACCAGGCCUGGCUUGGACCGGUUCGGGGCGGCCAACAACAGCCGUUCAUUUCUCCUGCAAGUCACUGAUAUCAACGAGCCACCAGUAUUCAAUGUAUCCGAUUUAAGUCCAGUGUUAUCGAUCAAGGCCAAUACAUGGCCACAAACUGUUCUUGGAGACUUCCUUGCCACUGACCAGGACUUCGGUCUGCAAGGUCAGCUGGCGUACAGCAUUCUAGCUACCAGUGCACCGCCACACUUCUUUACUAUCUCUCAGUCUGGCAUACUCAGCACAGACAGUGUUCUGCUUAACUCUAGUGGUCAGUAUUACACACUGCAGUUACUAGUGAGUGAUGGGGGAAACCCCUCGCUAACCGAUGACAUCACGGUCAACAUCACGGUGAAUGCAGUGGAUGCUCCCACAUUUGAUCAAUCAGAGUACAUGGUGGAUAUCCCGGAGAACAGUGCAGUAUCUACACCAGUCGGCUCUGUGCUGGCAGUGGGUGAUAACGCAACGGUUACGUACAGCAUCAUCGGCGGCAACGAACGUGGCUCCUUCAGCAUUGAGCCGCUCACGGGAAACAUCACCGUUUUCCAGGAUAACAUAGAUGCGGAGCAGGUGUUAGCGUAUUCCCUCACGGUGCUUGCAGCAGCGUAUGACUUGUCCACACAGUCCAAUCUCAGCACGUCUGUGUCUGUGAAUAUCCGUGUGCUGGACGAGAACGAUAACAUGCCAGUGUUUGAUAGCAACACACUGAACUUCUCCAUUGUUGAAAACACGCCGUUGCAUUCUGUACUACACACUGUAUCUGCAACGGAUCGCGAUGUAUUGCCGCAAAACUCUUUGGUAUCGUUCACACUGCUUGACUUGAUCACAACAUUCCGCAUCAAUGCCUCUACAGGGGUGGUGGAGAAUCUCGUGUCAAUUGAUCGCGAGACAACUCCAUUCUUCACUGCAAAUAUAUCUGCCGCUGACAGUGGUAUGCCGUCGUUGAGUAGUGAUGGCGUGAUGAAGGUAACUGUGUUGGAUAUCAACGACAACGCUCCCAAAUUCCAUCAAGCACCAUUGGUUGCCAGACUGGACGAUACCGCCGUGGUGGGUGAACCAGUGGCACACUUCAUGGCCUCCGAUCCGGACCUGGGAAGUAACGGCACGGUCGUCUUCUCACUGGGCGUUUCAUCACUGCCAUCUCAGCAGAUACCCGUAUCGGUCAAUGCUACCUCGGGUGAACUGACAGUGUCGGCAUCUCUGCACGAUCUGAACGUAGACCAGUUCAGUGUGCAGAUUGUGGCGAGUGAUCAAGGUCGCCCUGCUCUAUCCAGUACAGCAAUGAUAGUAAUCCACGUAGCUGCACUAGCUCUCACUCCCAGACUCAGUGCCACCGGUGGUCUAAGUGUUGUACAGGGUGUUGUCUCUAACACUAGUGCAAUGAGCUACACCAGCUAUUUAGGCCUGAUCACGGGACCAAGCGGUGAAGUCAGGACCACAUUCGGAAGUCUGUCUGCAUCCCGGACGUUUAGCUAUGCGAGUGAUCCUCCAGCGACCGUGCAAGCAACUCUGCUGAGCGCUUCGACUCAGGUCUUUUGCACACCAACUGGCUCAACGUGCCGCGGGGCUAUCACCAUUGCUGCCCAGGUGAAGACGGCAUACUUCAAGACAUUGAUCCGCAGCCCAGUGUACGUCAGGAUACAGGGAUCGUCACUGACAGCUAAGACAUCAAGCUGUAUGUCUGUGGCCCUGCCAGGUGUAUGCACUGUCACAAUAACAUUGCAGAAAUCGGAUUUCCCAACAGCUGGAACAUCACCAGCUCCUGCUAGCAUUUCUUUUGGCCUUUCGCCACAGCAGCUCACACAAAGUCUUGGAACUGUUCAACUCCAACCUCUUCCAUCAUACUCAGUAACAGAUAACAAUGUGUUCGUUGAGUUGCCUUGGGAACCAGUUUACCGUGGCGAUGCGUUUGAAGUCAGGGUGAGCAGUCAGACUGCCGACCGAGUGGAGGGUUUCAACAUCAAGUGUACGAGUGGACCAGGUUUGCAGAUAUCUUCCAGCAUCAUCAUUGACCAGGCUUGGGACUAUCAAACGUCACAAUUCGGGGCAUCUCUGUCAAUCCCGGCAUUCAUACCCGCGACGGCAACCUCUCGUCCAGCCUUCACCGCCGGCAGAACACAUUUGUUCUCACUGCAGCUGACGGUAACGCAGUCAGCAAGCCUGGGCAGUAACACCUCUGUACAGUGCAGUGUAAGCAGUCUUGUCACAGAGCUAGGACAAGUACAGCCCAGCGGUGCUUCAUCUCCGUUUGCUGCCAUCACAUUUGGACAGUUUGGUCGCAGCACGGCUGGUCUUGUGUCUGUCGAUGCUGAUGCUGUUGUAGCCGUAUUUGGUGAUGUGGACUCCAGUGAACUGGUCAACACAGCUGUAGUGACUGGUCAGCCAGUUCUCAGUACUAUGACUGUAGUGGCUGGAUACGUAUCAGGCAGAACUACUGGCACCACAGGUCAAGCAUCAUGUACCAGUAACUCUACCAGUGUUGCAUCUGUUGAUGCUUCAUGUGCGCAUGUCAUUCUUAACGGCAUGGAGACAGCCGGGUCGCAUAAUGCCCGCAUCGGUGUUAGCGUUGGAAGUGUGACAACUAGCGUGUCUAUUAUUGUAUGGCAUCCAACAUCUUUCCAGUUGUCCACAGAUGACGAUGAGCUGUCCUUGGUAUCAUCAUGGCGGAAUGCUGCUGAUGGCUGCAAUGCUCGCUAUCAACAAACUGCAUUGCGUGUUUCAUGCACUUUCAGCAAUGGCCAAGUAUCCAUCCCUGGUGUUGACAUCACUGACACAGCCAAGUCCUAUCUGCGUGUUGACAAGCCAACUGUAGUUUCUUUGAAUGGCUCCAUUGCAACUGGCAUCAUGCCUGGAUCUGUUGCUGCGACUUUGCCUAACCCAGUCCCCAGUCGGCCACCCCUUGCCAGCUUGCCGUUGCUAGUAACCUCCUCUGCACCAGUGUCUGUUGUGGGACUCAGUAUAUCUGUUGUCAGCAGGCUGGAUCUUACACUGAACACACCGACAUCUAGAAGUAUGUGGGUACCAGCAGCUGCUCCGUUCAUCACUACCCGACUGAUUCAAGACCUCAACCUGGAGGGCAAGAUGGCCAGCCUUAUUGUUGCUGCACAUUUCAGCGACGGUCAGGCACAGAUUGUGACUCAGGCCGAUGGUGUGGUACUAUCAUCGUUGAAUACAGCCGUGCUGACUGUUGCAGGCCACACCAUAUCUACUCGUGGCUCAGGUAGUGGAGACCUACUCUUGGCAACACUCUCGUCAGGUCAGUGUGAUGCCAGGGUUCUUGCUAACGGUACGGCCAUGCUAAAUAUUGUGACUCCCGCGCCUGUGCAAGCUGAGCUAAUUGCCAGUACAACACGACUAACACUGGCUGGUGAUGCACUAAGGCAGACUGGUGUGCAAAGCAGAGCACAGAUCACCUCUAACCUAGUUUUCAGCACGCCAUCAGGUCUAGCUAAUAUUCCUAUGACAUCUGACACACGCACAGUCUACACGCUUAGCAACUCGCUGUUCAUUCUGACCAGGAAUGCCGAUGGCAGUGUGGAAGUCUCUGGUAAUGGGUCGGUAACAUCGGAUACAAUUAGAACCGGCACCACUGAUCUGGUAGUCUCCUUUGUACACACUAACUUGACGGCUGUUGUCACGCUCCAGCUUGUACUGACCGACGUGGUACAGCUGGCGUCACACCCGUAUCCAUCAUACACAGGAUCCGGCUCACAUCACGUGUCGGUCUUGAGCCCUCUCGCAAACACAGGCAUCUACCAACAGGCCACCAUGAGAAUGCAGCUGGUGACAACAGACAAACAAAUCGUCGAUGUUAGUGCGCACAGCCGCACGGAUGUAUACGUCGAAAACAGCACCGACUCUUCGCUCUCGGCACAACUGAGGCGCACAUCAAGUAAUGAAUUCCGAUUAAGUGUCUCUCCGUCACUACAAGCCAAUGGUAACAUCACAAUAGGAGCCAGCUUUGAUGGAGAUGUUGCCAACUUCUUGUUGAUUGAGGUUUCAGCCACACCAGUUGAGGUGGUUUCCUUGAGAAUUCACUCUCUGCCGAGGAACACACUGCGAGGCGUGCAGCUUGUUACCCAGCACCAACUCACCGUUGCUGUAACAUUCUCAGACAGCACACAGCACCCGAACUAUCUCUCUGCAUCCAGUCCAGCCCUGCCUAACCUGCUCAGGUUUAGUAGUAACAGCUAUUUCAAUACGACAGGUAUGAGCACCGGCAUCAUCACACCAAGCAUCAAUUCUCCUCUCAACGCAGCGCUAGUCACAGCCAUCGCCAUGCCAACGCCCCAGUGCGGCAGCAAUUGCACCACGGCGAGCCAUACUCUCCCGUUCACCGUCAACCUGGACCCCGCCAUCGGCGAUGUAGACAUCGGGCAGGCCUCUGGCGUGGCGCUGCCGGUUAGACGGACUGGCACGACGUUCACCGCUGCUGUGCGUGUGAACUCUGGAAGCAGUGUAGUGAACACGCUGGACUGUCUUGUUAUCUAUGACUCAGCCGUGCUGUCAGUGAGCAAAGUAAGUGAAGGCACUAGCUGGAGCAGUCGAGUCAGCUGCACACUCAACUACGGUGAUCCAGGUGAGAUCCGUGCCACGUGCUCCGACAUUAGCUCGGGUGCUCCGAGAGGCACUUCUCUGAACGUUCUCAUCAUAGAGUUCAUGGCCAAGGCAUCAGGAAUGGCUCAUGUCAGUGGCAUGGUGAAUACCAUCUCUACGUACAGUGGUCUCAAUCCCAUCACCAUCGGUGCACCAACACCACGGCCGUUUAUUGCCGGUGAUUUCUUCCAAGUGGUCAGCGCAAACCGCCGGCGUCGCUUCACCAGUCCGAGCGGCAAUGCGGUGCCUGUCAUCGCAGAACGACAUCGUCGCAACACUGCUAGUGCAACAUCUACCUGCACCAGUAUAUCAUGUGCAACAUGCACUGCUGCUAGGGAGAUUGGAGAUACGAAUGGCGAUUGCAGCUUUGAUGCAAACGAUGUUACCUUCACGUUGAUCUAUCUCGCUGAGAGAGGGAAUGAUUUCAGAACUACUCGAGGCCAAGCCUUAGCCAACACUCUUCUUUCUGUACAAGUGGAAGAGCUCGAUGCCAAUGAGGAUGGUACCGUACUGAUCGACGAUGCACGCUUCCUUUCCGAGUAUCUUGUUGAUUUCAUCUACGCGUUGGUUCCACCAAUCUCUAUUGUGCCAGUGUCCAGCCUGCAAUCACAGUGCAUGCUCACUGUUUCCGUCAAGCUUGCACGUGCUAAUGCCAUGCCCAUCUCCAGUCAGACUCGUGUUGUCGUGCACCUGUCUCACGAGAACCAGAGUUUUGCAGCGGACUUCACCAAUCAGUCCACGGUAGUGCAGGGGCAACUGCUGGCAGUGCCCGGUGACGCGGGUGUGUUUGUAGAGACGGCAUUCAGCCCGGAUCAACAGCUGUUCUCGCUCGCGUUGGAUGCCAACUUUGAGCUGUCAAACGUAGGCAUGUCACUGCUGGAAGUCACGCAGAGUACGACUGGCACAACCUCAUUGGAACGACAGCACUACUUCUAUCAAACAUCCAACGCAUCCAGCAGUCCAUCGUCGGGCGUUGAUGCCACUCUAACAGUAGCUGGUCACAAGGUCACUGUCCGCGCAGGAACCAGAUCGCAGCCGCUGAUGACAUUCGAUAACUUGCUCUCCUCUAGGUCCUGCUCUGACAAUCCGCUACUGGCUGAUGACUUACGGAUUGAAGUUCACAAUGGAACAUCUGCCACCAUACAGUGGGACAUCACUAACCCCAGGCAGGCACUACAAGACACUUUCAAUCUAACUCUGACCAUUCUGGAAUGUGACCUCAUGCCUGUUGGACCGUCGGGUUGCCAAGAUCAACAGUUCAUCGCCGUUGGAAGUCUGAAUGACUCUACUCCGUGUAGGCAACGGCUGUUUGACGUGUCUGGCCUACAAGCAAGCCUCACAGUACUCUCUCCGCACACUGCUACCUACUUUCAAGUGUCUUCUCUUCUGCCAUCUCGCUCCCCGUCUUCAGCAUGGGCUGUGGCCGAGCUGCCGCAAGCACCACCGGAGGGUCUGCUUCCACCGACUGUCACACCGCAAAACGAUAACCUUCUGAUCGAGUGGAUGCAGCCUAACAAACCCAACGGCUGCAUCCUCUCCUUUACCGUCUUGGCAAUCUUUAGCAAUGGAGAGAACAGAACGCUGUUCACAGGUCUGGAGAACUCAACAGUCUGGUUUGGCGGUGCCGAGGAGACCACAGUCAUUCGCCUGUAUGCAGCAAACAGUGCAGGAGUCAUCAGUGCAGAAACACCCAGAGAAGGACUGAUCAAGUCAUCCUCAUCGACAGCCAUCGCAGCUGUGGCUGCCAUUCCCAUUGUUCUUGUUCUUGGAGUGCUGCUGCUAUUGCUACUGCUCUCACACAGGCGCCGCAAGUCAGCCGGAUACGGCAUCAUGAAAGACUUUGACGACUUCAAAAGAGAUCAGAUUGAAAUCGAAAUGAAACCAACAGCCCUGUCGGGACUUGCUUCCCCUGCCCAUCGGUCACUGGCACAGAAAGAGCGUCACUUUGAGCGGAAGUUCGCCAGCAAGGACUUUGCCAGCAAGUUCUGGAGUCGUGAUGAAGCUAGCAUUGAGCUGAGUCCGUACAAUGAGCUGCAGAUCCGCGCUAAGGAUACUAUUCUCGGACCGGCGCAUUACAGCGAGGAUGAAGGAGAUGCUGAAGACGAUCAGGUAUCCACCAUGUCACUGGAGUCACCCACACCCGAGCAAUCUAAUUGGGUUCUGAGCAGCUCAGAGCAGAUGGAACGCAGGAUUGAGAGAGCCAUUGCCGAAGAAGAUGACUUGCAAGUUCACGAUGGAGCAAGUCUCCUGACAGCCGUACAGCGUAGGGAGCUACGCGAAAACUCAAGGAGGAAGUCUGUUGAAUUGAAGAAGGAGAGAAACGAGGCGAAGAAGCAGGAACGGCAAGCGAAGAAGGACCGCAAGAAAGAAGAGAAACUACAGAGGACUACAGAGAGAGAUAGUCAAAGGUCUACAAAGGGCUCAAGCAGGCUGUCAUUCCAAAAGCGUGGGAGUAAGAUUGAUGAUGACGAUGUACAGCAUCUGAUUGAUGAGGAAGUUAUUCAAGGCAGAGAUGAAGAUCAUGGAGAGUUUGACAACCUCAUGGAACCGACUGGCCAAGAUGUUGUGGACGCUCCCGUGGAAACUCGUCCCGAGAGUGUGGGAUCAACACUGUUUUCCCAGUUCCACGUGUCUGUCGACGACCUUUCUCACACAGUCUGGGCAAGUUGUGAGAACCUGGAAGCUGAAGCUGGCCCGCAAACCGAUGGCCCGCCCGAGUCUCCCUACGUUAGCAGUGAAGAUGAGGCGACUGAACAACGCAGUCGCACUGGCUCAAGCAGUCAACCUGAUAACCUUGAAGUUGAUGAUGAUGACGACGACGAUGACUUUGAAGAGGUUCCUCCCCUCAGUACUAUCCAGCCACGGCGUAUACGCCCUGGUUCUGGGUCCUCCCAGGAUUCAGACAUUGCUCGUCGUCGUUUCACGCCACCGCCAGUAUCAUUCCAUGAUGAAUGGUCCGAAGCAUCCAGUGAAGCGCCUCCAGCACUUGUCAAGAUGAACAACCGAACUAGCAUGGCAACGCGCCUCAAGGAGAAGAUCCACAAUCGCAUGGUUCACCAGGAAUUCGAGCGGCUGGCCAAGGUCCGCGCCGAGGGCAGCUUCAACGAUGCUGUACAUGGAGGCAACCGUCAGCGUAACCGCUAUCGUGACAUUCUUCCACAGGAUCAUUCCCGUGUGAGACUUCCUGUCUCUGAUGAUCUGGAUGGAGAACAAUCUGACUACAUCAAUGCUAGCUACAUAGACGGCUAUCAUCACAAGAAGGCCUACAUAGCAUCUCAGGCGCCGAUCAAGAACACCAUAGACGAUUUCUGGAACAUGAUAUGGCACGAGAACAUCCACGUCGUCGGCAUGUUGACAAACCUUGUCGAGCAGAACCGCAUCAAGUGUGAAAAGUACUGGCCCGAUGUUGGGGAAACCAAACAGUUUGGCCAUGUGACUGUGUCAUGCGCCGAUGAACGGGAGGAUGCCAAUUUCAUCGUGCGUGAGUUCACUGUCGGAUCUGACAGUACGGAUGAGCUGCGACAUGUCGUCCAGUGUUUCUACAAGAGCUGGCCAGACUACGGUGUUCCUCAAUCACCGGACGUCUUUGUUGAUUACCUGCAGCUCAUUGACCUCUACCGACACAAGUCACAGGAUGUACAGGCACCCAUACUGCUGCACUGCAGUGCUGGUAUUGGCCGCACGGGCACAUUCUGUGCCGCUCAUCGUCUGCUUGAAAUGUUCAAUGACUGCGGCGAGAUGGAUCUGCCCGGCACUGUGCAGGCCCUGAGGAAUUGCCGCGCGAAAAUGGUACAGAAUGUGUCCCAGUACGAGUUCCUGCACUCCGCCCUGGCUGUCAGCCUCUUGCGGGAAACAACAGACCAACGACGCAACUCCAGCCCAACAAGAGAGCUGCUGCGACCCUCACGUCGUGUUCACUGGGGCGAUGAUAUGGGAGAUGAGUCACCAAAGGCAACUCCUGUCCAGAUUCGGCGGCAGUCCAGCAGCGAAGUUAUCAUUGAUGAAGACAGACUGUCGCAGCCAUCAUCGCCAACACCCCGUGCGCCGAGUGCAUUGAUUUCAGAAGCCCUGUCACGCUCAUCGCAAUCCCUGGACACCACAGACGCUCGCAGUAGUGAUGCGCCAGCAGCUGCCAGUGCUAGUGCCGCAAGCACUCCGUCUAGUGGAGCUUCUCACAUGCACAUGUCACCACCUCCUCCGUACUCGGUGACUGAUCCGUCUGAGCUCUCUCCACUUUCCAGCCCUGCACCUACUGGCAGCACUGAACCAGAAGCAGAACAGCAUAACUUAUUGGGCGGCAGCGGCAGCGUUCCCGAGCAAUCAGAGUCUGAUCAAGUCCAUCAACACAAGAUGGACCUGUUGGCAGCUAUGCCAGAAGAGGGUGUGCAACCUGCACCAGUGUCUGAAGCAGCCGCUGCGCAGGUACAACCACCAGUUGUGCCGCCUGCCCCGCCAGUUGUGGAGCCUCUUUCACCACCAGAGCCAGCGGCACCCGAUCCAAAACCUAAGAAAGUACCCCCGCCUGUUGCCCCGAAGACAAAGAAGCCUCCACCGCCAGUUAUGCCUAAGAGUAACAAGCCAAAGCCAACGUCACCAGCCUCUGCUUUUGCCAGUACACCAACUCCAUCAAAGCCAGAACUGGCACCAGCAUCACCUCCACCCUCAGCUGUACUCAGUAGUAGACAAGAGGUAGUGUCUGCUCCAUCUCCAGCACCCAUCCGCCAUGCUGAUGUGGCUGCUGCUGCUCCGUCACCUGUACCGACUCGAUCCAUCGGGUCGAUAAAGAAGCCAACCGGCGUGCCUGGCGAUACGGUGAAGCCAAGAAGAACUGCUGGGAAGCUGGACCUCUCCAUGUGGGAAAAGCCCUCCACUGGUACAACACCCACCACACCGAGCUGGAAGAAACCGAAGACGCCAACUGGACCCACAAACCCGCUGCUUGCAAAACCGACCGCCGCCUCGGCACCAGCUGCCGCACCCUCGCCGUCCCUUCCACUGAAGGCAACUCCAACGCCGGUGUCUGCACCACCCAAGCAGGCACCACCUACUAUAGCCAAACCAGUACCAUCCAGUCAACAACAAGUGGACGUGUUGAAGAAAGAGCAAGAAGAACGGCAGCAAGCAGAGCGUGACAAGCUGGCUAAGCAAGCCAAGGAGAAGCAAGACCAAGACAAAGCAACUCAGGAAAAGGAGAAACGUGCAAGGUUGGCACGGGAGAGAGCUGCUCGGCAGGAGGAAGAACGGGCUAGUCGCAUGGCGGCUGAAAGGCGCGAGCGACAGAAACGUGCUGCGGAGGAAGAGCGGCGACGACGUGAGCUGGCAAAGGAGCAGAAGCUUGCAGCGGUGAAGAACAUUGAAGGCAUGGUGGACGUGCCAGAGAUGAAUAUUGAAUUCAGCAAGCCUAGCCAAGGCAGCGCUGCAGCUACGGGUAAUGCCAGCGCUGCAGCCCAACACAAGGUGUCAGUUCGUGAUGCAAUGCAAGCCGAUAUCCACUACACUGAAGAUGAGCAGAAGGUUCUCGCUGGAAAGGAUGGAAGCGCAGCUGCAGUGGACACAUCCGAUGCCGGCCGCGAAGCACUCAUUGCUAGUCUGAUGGGUGUUGGUGACGGUGUGUCGAUUCCCCAGCGUGCCAAGCUGAACACCGAGCUGACUGACGAGGAGAAGAAGGUCCUGGAAAAGAUGGGAACAGCAACAGGAGACGAGAGUCUUCUCGCUGGUCUGGAGAAUGUUUAUAUGUAAACAUAAUCUAGGCAGCACACACAAACUCUAUAAUUCCGCCAAUUGAAGAACUUGGUACCAGGACUUGUUAUGAUCUGACAACUGUAAAUAGUUCAUGCACUUCAAUGCAACAUGAACAUCCUUUUGGAAUGUAUAGUAAGUUAGUUAUGACAUGGCAGGCCCUUUUGGGUUAUUGUAUUUUUGAUCUUCAUCUGCCUAUUCUUUUGCUACAAUGUAUUUGCUGACCAGAGGCAGGAUGAAAGUAUUAUUUAAUUUAAAAAUAGAAUUUAAUAAUAUGCUACUCGAAACAAUUUCACUUGAUGCCUCAGAGAAUUCACUGACUAUUUUAUUUUACAUUUGCAUUUGCUAUCUGUCGACUUGAUGAUCAUUCUGUGGCACAAAAUGCUCUUUGUUCGAUUCAGACCGCUGUGAAUAGUGCAUUGUACAAGUACUUGCCCGUCUUGUUCGCGCCAAUGAACUACAGAACUGCAGUUGAGCUGAAUGUCUUGUUGCCGUUUUUUUGUUAGACACCACAUGUAUACCUUUCUGAUUUCACUUGGGCCCAUAGGGAUCUUGUAGAUUUCCUUCUUCUCGCAGAACCCGUAAUACAUUGUAUGCAUAUCCUCCAUACGAACUAACUCGUCACUGA